AUGACGCUGGUUCACACGCGCGCAUUACUGAGUAUUGAGGAAAUAGAAUCUAAAGGUCUCUACUUGUGUUUCGCAGGUUGCCCCCAGGACUGGAUUCAAAUCCUCGGCUGCUGUUACAGAGCCUUUUCUUACGCACUGGAUUGGUUCGCGGCAGAAUCGGCCUGUAAGGCAAUUGAAUCUAGUCUUUCUAUGGUGACUUCACGUGCUGAACAAAAUGCCCUUGGCUCAUUUCUAACACAAAGCGCGUGGACUGGUCUGCACAAGAAUCCCAGUCACAAUUCAAGUGGGGUUGGUUUGGUCAGUGGUUCACAAGGUAGUUACGGUCAUGAAUUACGCAGUCAAUUGGAAAGUUUAACGGGCGAGGGAGAUUGUGUAGAGAUAAAUUCGAAGGGACAUCUGAAAAAUAGAGACUGUAGUCAUCACCAUCGUUACCUUUGCACAAUAUCGGCAGGUAAGUAAGAAAAUAUCAUGUGUUUCUGGAAGAGUUAGAAUUUCUGUUCCAGAUUAUGCUUGUGUAUAUUGUAUAAAGGUGCCAGUCAAGAAUCUUAAAAAAGGUACCACUCUCUUGAAAGAAAUGGAAUAAAAAGAAGACAGAAAAAUUAAUACUCGAUAGCAAGGUCCAUUAACCCCAACCGGAGCGACCCACUCAUAUACUAAUCACGGCGUUUCCACAAUCAUCAAGUAAUUUUAGAUUCAUUGUAAAGUACUUUUUCCAGCAAAAAUAAAUAAGCCCCCGGUAAAAAGCACGAAAUGAAUUUUACUUUGCUUAUCUUUCACACUCUGUCUAUAUAUAUUUUCAAAAGGAACUAAGUGCAGAAAACCUUCACUGCGGGAUGAUGUAGUUGUUUCACCUUCCGAUUGUCUUUUACCAACUCACCCACAUGGAAAGAUUUGCUCUUUUUACUGCGCCCGUGGAAAUCAAAUCAGCGGUCCAUCAUCUGCUCGUUGCGGGAUUGGUGGAUCAUGGAGUGAAGAUGCCAACACCAUCGUUUGUGAUGGUUUGUAUCUCGAUUGUUUAAGUUUUCCUUCUCCCCUCAAUUGUAGCGUUAAAAAUAAGCCAUUGUUUACAAUUUUUUGGAUUGCUGUCAAUCCAACCCGAAAGCUAUUGAGUUUUGCAGAUUAGAGCUUCCAGAUCAAGGUAUUCUUCCAAUUAGUAAAUGGGACGCCUUAUACCAAGUUUAUGCAGCAUUUUUUUAAUUGUCAUCUUUAUAUAAAUAAUCUUCAGUUUUAAAAUAAUCAUCACCACACCUGCAGCCAACACUGCCACCACCAUUACCACAAUUAUCGUUAUGAUCACCGUCAUUACCAUCAUCAUUAUCAUCAUCAUCAUCAUAAAAAAAACAACAACAACAUCAUAGUGAUAAGUAUUGCUACAAUCAUUAGGACCACAUCAUCUUUAUCAUCAUUACCUUUUACAUUCAUCAAACCCAGCUGCAUCGGUUAAUGUCAUAGCCAGAUUAUCCAGUCAAAGAAGAGUGCUGUCCGAGAGCCGUUGUUGUUUGUUUAUAUUCAAUAGAAUGUGAAGAAGCUCUCGGUAUGGGAGACGGAGAGAUCUACAACGGGCAAGUCAUUGCUUCUUCGCAACUGGAUGCCGAGCAUGCAGCCAUCAACGGUAGACUAAAGGCUAUAAGAACUUCAAAUAAAGUACGAUCGUGGUCACCUUAUACCAAUAAUGUUAAGCAAUGGUUGCAAAUAGAUCUGGGCAGUCAAGAGCGUAGCCUUGUAGCAAAAAUUGCUACUCAAGGGGAAAAUACUAACAGCACGUGGGUCACACAUUACACAUUACAGUACAGCGACAAUGGAAAUAAGUUCAAUGUUUACAAACAGCUAGGACAAGGAAAAGAAAAGGUGAGAGGCCUCUUCUUCGCGAUCGCCAAAGUUAAAAAAAGCAGUUUAGCCGGCAUUUCUCCACCAACCUUUAAAUACGUAUAUAUUUUUCUCGUGUGCACAUUUGGUCAGAGUAAAAAUAUGUCUGGCAACCCGCUCCCUUUGAGGAAUGCAGCAAGAAAUGAAUUUAUUGACUGAAUUUAACCCAUGUGCGUACUACCUGGAUUUUUCAGGUGUUCGAUGGCAACACAGACCCGGAUACCAUUGUUUCUCAUAAACUAAAUCCACACAUAACAGCACGGUACAUCCGUUUCCUACCAACCGCUUGGCAUAAACACAUCUCUAUGAGGGUGGAACUCUAUGGAUGUAAAGGUAAUUAAUAAACAGAUAACUUUAUUUUUAAAACAUUUCCUAAUUAAGUUUAAAUCUCAGACUUGGAUGUAUGAAGUGGACGCCCAUCCCCAACCUCCCUAAGCAGUUUACAUUUAUCUCAGAUACCUUUUGACAAAACUUGGCAACGCACGGUUGCUUAUUUUGGUUACGAGAUAUGAAACUAUUAAAGGAGAGAGUUCAAUCUAUUUCCGAACAGUUUUUUACAGUUUUACCCUGAAUAUGGAUAUUAUGGUAACAAACGAAUAAAAGUGACAAAGUAUAACAUGAUACACGAUAAAUUACCAAAAGAAGGAAUGUACAAAAGAAAAUUCUCUUUAGCAUUAGAAGAACUGAGUUAAUAUUGAGAUUCAAUUUUAAAAAUAAAAUCUUUCAUGAGUCAAUCUAACAAAUGAUCUUUCCUUAGGGACACCAAAAUAUGGCCACUGGUUCCUAGACGGUUCUGAUUUAGAUGUAAGGUUAGUAUAACAUAUAAAUAACCUACUGAAGACACGUUAUGACAAUGAUGAUGAUGAUGAUGAUGAUAAUGAUGAUGAUGAUAAUAAUAAUAAUAAUACUCAUAGUCACCAUCAUCGUUAUCGUCAACGCCUUUCAUCAUAGAAGAUUUAUCCAUGAUAAUGUUCUCCAUGCAUUUGACAGAUAUUCACAAGUCACUUUGUGCAUGAACGGAGACUCCCUCCAUAUUUUCUCGUAGCUUCCAAAAACUUCGAAAGAUUUCUUGUGGUAUGCUUCUUUUUUAAGCUUAAUAUUUCAUAUGGAUUUAAACCACAGGCAAAACAUCGGAAUUGUUCGAGGCAUCGUGAUGUCACGUGCGACAUGUGAUCCCAUUAUAUCAACAUCUGGGAUCAAAAGGUGUAAAAUUCUGUGUUUUGCGAAGCAUUUCUACCGAUCACUUGAAUGAAGCCGAGCGCGGGCUUUAUGAAAUACAGUAAAUGUAUGGGAUCACAUGUCGCGCGUGACAUCAAGAUGCCUCGAACAGUUUGGGUGGUCCGCCUGUGUUUAAACAUUAAUUACUAUAAUUUUCAUUUCGUAGAUUUUUUGGUGCGGUCAACUACACUGAAGGUUGGUGCCUUGGAAGUAAAGCGGCGUAUUUCAGUCAAAAAGGCUCCUUUGUUACUGUGCCCAAAGUAAACAUUACAAACUGCGACUUUACAAUUGCUUUUUGGAUUAAAUCCGGUGAUACAGAGGGACCUUUAAUGGCGAUUUGGUCUGUGAGCAGAAAACUAUUUUACGCGGCAAUAAAGAAUUCCAGUGUCAUCUUGUCGAUACAUAACACUAUAGCAAAAGCAAACUUCGCAAUCAGUGACUGGAAUCAUGUUGCCAUAAUCUGUGAGGAGUCUAAGAUCAAGGUGUUUGUAAAUGGAACAGAAAUUUUAACAAAGGAACAAUGGAACGAGUUCUUCUUCUUAACGUCAGACCAUCUUGAGACGGAAAAUGUGAUAGGAAAUCAUCCAGUCCUGUUCAAGUUGCCAUUGGUAAAUAAACCUUUUGUCGGGGCACUGAUGGACCUUCAUGUAAUCGAAACUGCCUUGUCUGCAAAUCAGAUUUCUGACUUGAGCAAAGGUAAUCUGUUUAGCGAGUUUAACCAAAUGAGUUUUUGAGUGACGCACGUCGACUGGAAGUGAGACGUUUUCGUUCUUGAUACAACUUGACGCUGCCGAAAUCGUAAUGCCUCGUUGUCGUGCUCUUAUAAGGGACUUUUACGAUCGGCGGACGACGCGACGGCAGCGUAAACGUAGCUCCACUCGGGCGCAAAUGAUGCUACUCGGGCUACAAAUAAACUAUAUGCCCUCCAAAAGUCAUUUGAUUGUCCUAGUGUUCUAUAAAUGCAUGCGGAUUACACUUAAAAAACGGAAGUAAUUUUAAGGUGGUCAAGAACGUGAGCGUCUUGUUAGACGAGAUGUCUAGACGGGGCUGAUUAAAGCAGCUGGAGUGACAACCAUGCAGUCGCGAAAGAAUCCCCAUAUUUUGGUGCUGUCAUCUUAAUUGAUCAGAAACAAAAGAAUUAAACCGAAUCCCUUGUAGCCUACACACAAGUAAAUAACUAACUGAUGACGAUAUAUUUUUGUGAACCUAAGGCACGCCGAAAACUCCAGUUAUUAACAAGAAGGAAAGCAAGUUAAAUGGUUGCACAGUAAACCUCACAUGGAGUCGUGACGUGUGUGCCACUACGAAGAACACCAUACGCUUUAGGGUGAUAAAUCCACAGGGCUACAGAGCAGAACGCCGGCUACAAGAACAUACUUCAGCGAAAUCAUAUCGUCUAUUGACACUUGACUGCGACAAAAUCUAUCAGAUUGAAGUGUCUUCGUGGAUUGGAGAACUCCAGAGCGACUGGUCUACUCCUUGGCAAGUUCGAACUAACUCAUCUAAGAUAGAGCAGCAAACACAAGACGUCUACUGUAAGUACUGCAAGGGAACAAAAUAAUUAUAGAUUGCCUUAACCCAAGCUGCUUAGGGCCUCGUCACCCGUCGUUGCGUGACUAGUCAAAACACCGUCUACGUGGAAGGCUACUUCCCCCAGGACAAGUAAGGCUUUAUACCCGUUCAGAGCCGUAAAGUCAUGGAUGAUGCCAUUAAAUAAGAAACAAACCAGAAAAUGCCGGCCGCAAGAAAAAUCGUCCUAGAUGUACUUAUAAUUAAUUCAUCUCUCUAUUAUCUUGAUCAGGGUAAAUGGAUGAGCAGGUCAUUGCCACAAUAAUGAGCGACGUAUAAUAUAAGUCACGUUCAUGCAAACGAGAAAAUUUUCUACCUUACCCUACGCGCACGGUCAUUAUUAUUCAGAAGAAGGCCUAACUAACUGUGCAUUAUCCUCUUCAUAAUGUCCGUCAAUAUUUUUUUAAAUAUAGGGAGAUUCUACCUAAUGAAGUCACAAAAAUUCCGUGAAAGAAGCUUCAUUACCCGAACUGAUAAAACAGCACGAAAUUCCAAGGCAAAGGCAUAGUUACUUGAUAUGAAAAAUCAUUUUAAACUUGAAAAAUCAAGUCAAAUGAAGCCGUCUUUUUUACAACAGACCUUUUUGGCCACUUCCGCAGGCGAGAUGGGGAAAACAAAAUAGAUUUUAAAAGUGAUAUAUGCCAAAAGUUCAGAAUGCAAAAAAAUACAAAAACAAACUCCCGUAACCGAGACAAUAACACCUAUCCUCUUAUGGAUGACGUACAUGUAAAUUGCAUGCAUUCCAUAUCUUUUACAUUGAUUUAUUUCUGUCUUUCUAGCUAACGAUGACGCUAUAAAAGCGUUGGGAAUAGUUCUUGGAAUCACUGCUACUCUUGCGGCAGCAAUUCUCGUAGGGAUCUACCGAAGGAGGCAAAAAAGGGAAGAACGGUAUGCUUUAAUGGCACUGAAAAGUCAAGAGGGUUUACUCAACGCUUGUUUACAAAGUUGGACACUAACACUGACACUCGCGUCAUAUCCGACAAUUUCUUCGAAAAGUAGUCCUCCGAGGAAAUAUAAUAGUUUUUCUCGGACUCGAAAAUCGAUUUGUUGUCUUUUUUUUUGCGCGGUGUAUUUUCCGAUUGACGAAAGAUCUAAAUACAAAAUCGGGUCAACUUUUCUGUUCACCAUAUGUUUUCGUUAGAAAACCGGGCAGACAAACCGUUACGUAUAAACUGGCCUUUAAAUUAUACAUUACAAUAUGUGCUACAGGCCGUAACCUUAACAGGAAGGUGCAGUGUGUUUCUUUCGUUUGUUUGUUUUUCUGGUUUUCGCUUUAAAUACAGACGACAGGUACGUAGCGUGCUCGGGCUAGAACGAAGACAGACAUGCGCACUGGACCCCCGUUUCAACUCUAAGUCAAAUUGUACUCAAGGAAAUCGAGUCACUUCUAUUGGUCUCCAUAAAAAGGAAUUUUCCGUAAUGCGUCCAAGCAACAGAGGCAACGAAGCCUUUCGAAAAGUGGGGGUGGGGCGCACGUGCUCAUCAAAGGGUCUUUUGUACACGGGUUUCCCUGUUCAAAGAACCCAAUAAGGGCGAAACAGGUGUCCAUGGCUGCCACUGCCCAAAUUUGACCACCGCCUUGUUAGCUCAGUUGGGAGAGCGCUGGUUAGCUGAGCGCGUUGUUCGUUGUGAAGAUUGCGAUUUGUGACAAUGCAUCAGCAGGCAUUUGUUUAGGCGGUCCUGAUUUAUGAUACUUUUUAGGUAACAAAUCGUCUAGUGAGGGCACGAAAUGUGCGCUUUGCAGUUGCCGAUGUCCCAGUUAAUGUCAAAUACAUCCGUAAUGGCGAUUGCAGACUUUUAUCGGGGGGGCGGGGGGGCUAGGGACCACCCUGCUCCUCCGCUUACGCAGUAAGAAAAACCGUUCUUCCGACGCAGUUUCUUCAUAAAUCGAUCAUGUACAAAACACAAUUUUUUACUAAUAUUGGAUGUUUCCUAUUUAGAUCCAAGAAAGAAAUUGUUCAUUUUAUUUUACUGGAAGUCCCGCACGAGCGAGUAACCUUCAUGGAGGAACUUGGUCGAGGGGCUUUUGGCAAGGUUCAUAAAGGUGUGAUGAAGGAGGUAACAAACGCAAAUAUAUAUCCCGAUACCAGUAAAAGAAAUCCAAAUGUACAUUCCAAGAACAGCCUACGAACAUUGAAGGGCAAUAAGGGACGAAUUGUUGCUGUUAAAGUCCUUCUUGGUGAGCUACUAAGCCAUUUUCGAUGAAUGUUUACAAAUCAUGUUCGAUUAGCACGUUGUUAACGUAAAUGAAGUUUGUGUAACUUUAGUAUAGUCGAUCGAAGUUCACUUCCAUGUGGGAUCAAAGGUUUCUCUUCCGACAAUCUGGCGGACUCAUAAAACCUGGUCUCGGUCGUUCUUAUUGAAGGAUUUUCUUCUUCUGUCGCCAAAGAGGCCGUUGAGGAGAGCUUCCGCUGUAUUUUUUGCGUAUUGUUGUUCUCAAGUUAAAAAUCUAUUCAACUGGUGCUCCAUACUAGUCCAAGGAGGGGAGGAUCGUCACGUGACAAAACCUAAUCACGGCUGUGUAGCAGACUACAAUCUUGGACAAAAUAAAAUGGAACAGCAAACCCCCAUCCCCCCCCAAAAAAAUCAAGGAUGAAGCCGCGCGAAGGGCAAAAACGCGCCAUUUUCGCAUCCUUGAUUUGGGGGGGGGGGGGAAGUCUAGGUUUUCCAUUUAUUUUGUGCAAGAUUGUACCUCCAUGCAGGACCGGAGUCUUCCUGUUCCUCUGCGGUCUCUUCUGCCUCAGACUUGAGCUUAAUCAAUAUGCCAUGUCACUUCCUUUGCGUGGGUAAGCAGCUCACAAACCCUCUAGAUAUUGUUUUUCUUGACUGAUUUUAACUGAUAUCCUUUUGUUCAUUAACUCCCGUUUCUGUUUAGAAAAUGCUGGAGAGGAGGAAAAACGACAGUUUCUUCAGGAAAUUGACCUAAUGAAGGACGUUGGAUCGCAUCGAAACAUUCUUACCUUGUUCGGUUUUUGGACUCGGUCAGAGCCCAUUAUGUUGAUCAUGGAGUAUGUUCCUCACGGAGACCUUCUGAAGUGGCUUAGAAACAAAAGGCAGCAAAUAAAGCUUGUUACUGUAUGUAUCGAUUUUUUGCCAUUUUCUCACUAAUAAAAAUUUAUAUCAGCUUAUUUGUUGCCCCGUUUCAUUUCCUAUAAAUGUAUAGCUUGGAGCAUUUCUCAAAAUGUAAAGUAAAUUCAAAUUUUUUGAACAUGUCUUCAAUUCCUGUUAACUAAUUAAUUUAUGAAGCAUUGAUAAUACAACCAGAAACAUGACAACGACUCUUUGGGUUAAAAAAUGAUAAAUACAAGGGAGAGUAGACAGUAUAGUGUACCAUGUUGAAAUUUAGGUAUAGAUAUAGGUGUACGUAUAGGUAUAGGUAAAUCAUUAAUAUUCACAUACGUUUCUGCAUACUAAUUUGGUAUAGGUAAAGUCUCAGCGUUUCACGUACCGUUAGUCAGUUAAUUAUGCGAGUUCGCAAGCCCAAAGUUGAAUACAAAUCAGCUCUACAGUAAGAACCCAAGGGAGCACCUUGGCGUGUUUUUAUAAAAACACAAAACAAUUAAUAAAUUAACAAGGAUCAAUUGAAACACGCGACUAAUAAAUCGCAAUAAAACGAGCCACGUUUCUUAAGACACAGCUUUAUGAUCAACUUUAUGAUCCUUUAUUAAAAUAAUUGCAAAAAUAUUAGAUUAAAGAUUCUAUUAAAAUAGUCAAAGAAGGCAAGCAAGGAUCAUAAAGUUGCGUCUGGUUUUAUUGCGAUUGAUUAUAUAGUCGCGUGUUUCAAUUGAUCGUUGUUAAGGUAUUAAUUGUUUUGUGUUUUUAUAAAAAUACGUCAAGGUGCUCGCUUGGGUUCUUACUGUAGAGCUAAUUUGUAUUCAACUUUGGGCUUGCGAACUCGCAUAAUUAACUGACUAACCGUACGUGAAACGCUGAGACUUUAGUAGUUUUUCUUUUCCUCGAGAAAGAACGGAGGAAACAGUUUUGUAAUAGUCAGACAGAAUUGAAAUAAAGAGUCUUCAGCUCUACUUUCUGUAUGUGUGUGUAUUUUGUUUAUAUAUCCGAUUUUUAGCGCUAAAUAAAAGACAUAAGCCGUUUCUUGCGUUGCUAGGUGAUCGCUCCUUUUAUUCCUUUUUUUUAGAUAGACCUUCCGGCAAACCGGCCUCAAGUUAAUUACCGGGCCAGUCUAGGCAAGCCUAUUGUGCAUAUAGUAGUAGAAAGACGCUCAUUAGUAAACCUAUACCCAAUUAGUAUGCAGGACGGUAUGUGAAUAUUAAUGAUUUACCUAUACCUACACCGAAUUAGUAUGCAGGAAGGUAUGUGAAUAUUAAUGAUUUACCUAUACCUAUACCUAUAGGUGGUUUUCAUGCAUUCUCGGGAGACACAAAUAACAAUGGUGAAAUGAACAAAUGCUGGUGGACAAUUAAAGCGAGCUAAUGAGCGAUCUUUUGUUUACCGUCCACCAGUAUGGCGGCGAUGACGUAACGUGAAAACCACCUAUACCUACAUCCGGUUAAGUUUCAACAUAGUAUCCUACUGUAGACACUCGGACGAAAGGGGCGGACGUAUAUGCCCUACUCAAAGGUUUUCCUCUAAUUUGUUUUAACCUGAAUUUUCGGCAAAAUUUAGGGUGACAGCAAAGAUCAUAGCCAUUGUAAAUGAAGCAACUAGCUGCAACGCCAUUUCCCACAACAUUUCUAUCACCUUGCAGAGCUUGUCGCAGUCUAUAAUGAAAGACUUUUGUAUAUUUAAAACACCUAAGGAGAGCCAAAACCACUGCAGUGGAGAAAGAAACACUCUUUUAACUGUAACAAGGGAAAUGUAUGAAUUUGCUUUUACAUUCUACAUCCUAAGGUUGAUAUCGUUUUCUUGAAAACCGGUAAUUUAUUUGGUCUGAAAUCAGAAAAUAUUAUUUCUAAAGAAAGACAUAUCUUAAGCUGUAGCUAUGUCGUAUGGUUAUUGGGCUUUCGUCGGUGUAGAAAAUGAUCUUUUGGCUCGGAUAAAAUUGCUUCACCAGUCUAUACUAUAUAGAAUAUUAAUUUGUAGACCAAAUCAUGUUUGAACUACUUGCAGCUUACGAAGCAGAAUAAUGACCAUACCGAUGUCUUAGAAAGUCAGAAGAAAAACAUGGAUGGUCGAGAGAUAAAAGAAGGAAAGGUCAAAAAUGAAAAACAAGGGGAAAAUGGCUCCAAACAACUGCAAGAACUAGAAAAUUCACACAAAUCCAAGGAAACCGAUGUUGACACCAAUGUUGAGCGCCUACUUGAAAUACUACCUCCGUGUUCAACUUUGGAAAAAGAAGAGACAGCAUCGCUGGGGCAGAGCUCGAGAAAUCUCCCAGAAGUUGCUGCAAGCCUUGUUAUGGUAGGAGGCGAAGGACUCACUCAUCAGCUCAUGUCCUAUGACGAACCGAAGGGAAGCGAUGGAAUAACCCUGUCUAUAGAAACAGAGGAUAGGAAGAGCGACGCUAAUGGAAAGCAAAAGGAAAUAGAAAGUUCGGAAAACGAGAAAAGCAAGUCCAAAGGUGAUGCCAUGAAAGUAUACGUAUCAUCUCCAGAAACCAAACCUGGUAAAGAAGAAAACGAAAAGAGGGUACCGUCAUUACCACCGAUCUUUAAAGACGACCAGUUUCCUGAAUUCCAUAAAAGGGCCACAGUGAAAGCCUCUACAGAGCACGACGAAGGCACUUGUGACAUCGACAAUAAAGAUCUCGUUUUUUCUGCAGAUGAUCUGAUGAGUUUUGCGUGGCAGAUUGCUAGAGGAAUGGUAGGUCAAGUCUUUGCUAUGGGAUAGGAAUCAUACGAACAAACACUAACAAUACAUCUGAAAAUAAAGAUUUUGUUUUUCGCCUUAAGUUUAAUAUAUAUUCGACAGCGACUAUAACGUGAAAUAGGGGCACCUCUGAAACUAUCGCACGUAUAGUACAACCUCACAUCAUACGCGUUGCACACAAACCGAUAACCACUUUACGACGACGAAUUACCAUCGUCAAAGACAAAAGAAAAACUGGAGGACAGACAGGGAGCAGUUCACAAGAUAAAAAGCUACAACUGCCAGGCUACUUACAUUGGUAAGACCGACAGAAACCUUAGCACGCGACCGACUGAACACAAACGAGCCACAAGAAAUGGUUAUGUCAUCACAUUGCUAAACACCAUUUACAGACGAAACAUCAAAUCAGCUUGUAUUACGUAAUCUACAUACUACUAUCAACGACCCAUUUUAGAACGCUGGUUUACAAACUUAGAGCAAAUCCCACUGAAUCGCAAUCAACAGUUACCGGCACCAUACAAGUUACAAGAGAAUGACUGGACGACCGACAAUUUGACUAACAAUAAACGACUGUUAAACUCUGACAAUACACGGAUCGAAACGCACCAUAGUCUUCACAGAGUCUUCAUAGCCAAUAGAAUUACGGCUUAAUUGGCAGACGACCAAUGACAUCGCGACUUAAUUGACCAAACAGGCCAAUAAUCUGAACUGACGUAAUCCAACUCACUUUAACUCUGAAGAUGACUCCCACACAGGUUGUCGAAACGUCAUCCAGUCACUGUCAAAAAAAAGCCUUUUAAAGACUUCGUUCACCCCAACGAUCAAGGUUGAAACUACUUAUGAAAUGACUCCUGGGUUCACACCUUUCACAGUUAAAAUAAUCUGUUGCCCACAAAAAGGGGUUAAAAACUACUCAAAAAAUGGCCUUACCUUGUUAUGUUAUGUCAGAACUGGUAACAAUGGUAACAAGCAAAAUCUGUCUAAGAAGUAAAUAAACAGCUACAAUAAAGAAAUGGCUUCAGGCAAAGCGCUAAUAAGUAGCUAGAAAAGGCUAAGUUUUUCUCAAACUUCCUUUAGGAAUACUUGGCCAGUAAAGGAUUUGUUCAUCGUGAUCUGGCAGCCCGUAACAUCUUACUUGGUGAAAACAAAGCUGUAAAGAUUUCUGAUUUUGGUAUGCUACGCCGCACAGGUGAAAGUGAGAUAUACGAGGUGGCAACCGUUAAGGAACUACCCAUAAAAUGGACAGCACCUGAUUCAUUGCAGACUGGAAUUUUUACUUCCAAGAGUGAUGUGUAAGUUAAAAUUAAACUUUGCAAGGUUUUUUAGGCCUGUUAUCACCUACAACACAGGUAUAAGAAAGAGCCACAUACCAAGACAGAGAAACCUACUACUGGGUCAUUUCCUUCCUAUGCGUUGUUCACCAUAGGCAGCUUUUAGACAUUUUCCUUAAUAAAAGCUCUUCUAAUAGAUGUUCUAAAACAUUAAUGGCUAACACGUACCAUUAUCACUUAUCAUCCCUUUCUUUUAAAAGGCAGGGGUCUGGGUUCCAAUUUACUCUAACCAAAAGAAGAUUGCAUAUUCAGGGCGGAAAAACGUAAUGAGCAUGCGUGAACUUUUUUGCCCAGAUCCUCUGGCCGGGCUUGAAAAAAUGGCGGGAUUUCAAAUAUUUUAUUGCCUAAAGAUAAAAUGUUUCCACUCAUAACCUGGAAAGAACAGGCAAUUUGUCUUCAAAAGUUGCAAGCUGUGGUCAUAAGCUUGUAGUUACUUAAUUUUCUCGAAGAAUAACUCGUAGUAAAACGGACUUUAACGACUUUAAUUUCUUUGCGUUGUACUGAAAAUGUGCAUGCGUAGGUCCGAUUUUUUUCGAGAUGCAUUCACAAAAUGUGUUCAUAUAAGGAAGUUCCUGGAUAUAUAAGGUCCAGAGUUCCUCUGUGGACACAAAAACAACAUAUCUUUGGACAGUGAUUUGCCCAAAAAAAUUAACGCUUGCCCACAAUGUGUUUGAAGUCGCUGAACUUUGUCGCACUCGAGCUGAUAUUUUAAAACCCUUGCUCGAUCGGACACUCGUAGUUUCGCAGAUCACUAAAAUAUAAACAAAAUCCUCAAUGUAGAAGUUAUUGCGUUGAUAUGUGGGCAGAAAAAAGGUCAAUGUUUAUCUUGUAAAAUCUUCCCAAAAAUCGGUUUCAAAGCAACUAUAGUAAUUUAAACUUGCUCGUUUCGUGCAGAUAUAUAAAUUUUGCUUUGUGUUGUCAAGUUGAACACGCAUAACAUAAAUUAAACUCAGCCGAUCAUUAGAAAAUAAAGAAAAUUGCACAUAAGGGUUUGUUUUGCUCGCCUCAGUCAAAUCAAGCUGCAGCAAUUGUUUACAGAAAAAGAGUCAAUAGUUUUGAAGUCCCUGCCGGCAGUUCUCUACUUCACAGCGAGUGAAAAGGACAAUUUGCGUACAGAAAUUGAAAGUUAUUCUUAUAAAGAACAGAAACCUUCACAGUGCACUGGAAAACAAAACUAUGUAAUGAAAAAUGAAAAAAAACCUGUCUAUUAUUACUUGAGCAAGCUUUGAGCAACAGAAAAAUGAUCUUGAGUAAGCUUGCUGGCCUUCUGUUUCCGAGAAAGUUUAAUAAGGGAAAGUUCAUUUAAUAUGACAAGGGGGGAUGAAGAUAUUGAGGGGGUGCUCCUAAAAUUUUUAGACACCUGAAGGGGGGGCUCUGAAAAAAUUGUUGCGCUAGGGGGGGGCUCCGAAAAUUUGUAUACUUCAAAACCAACACAUGACAUCAUCAUACAGGUCGGAUGGUUUUCAACUCAACAAUUUAAUGACCUGUGCAACUCAGCUAUAUCACGUGGUUUACAGAUAUAACAAAUGUAGUCUCAGUAAUUAUUACACUCUUGUUCAUCCUAAAAAUGCUUUAGAAAAUUGUAUCACAACUGUAUCUCAAGUUUAUAGUAUAAACCAUUGAAGACAAUAACGGUAAAUAUAUGUAAUACAGUCUAGCGAUCUUUUUUCAGGGGAGCAAAGGAAUUGAAGGAGGAGGGGGGGGCUCUGAAAUUUUUUCAACUACCAAGGAGGGGGCUCCUAAAAAAUUGAACCGCUAGUGAGGGGGGCUGCUAAAAUUUCAAGCUUCGAGUUUCAAUAUCUUCAUCCCCCCCCCUUGUCAUAUUAAAUGAACUUUCCCUAAGCGCACAACUUUGUUCACUCUGAUGCGUUAUUACAGCAAUAUGGUUCUUUGACUGAAGACAAAGAUAAAGCUGGUUCUGCAAAGGUAAUAAAUCUGGGCAUGUCAAAAACAGUAACCGUAACUCAACAGAAUACACACUGAGAAUACAAGCGGGUUUUAAUUCAACCCGGCGAAAUCAACUCAUAAAUUAAUCGGAUGCACAAUCAGAAAAAUACUCGCCUCUUACGAAAUGUUCAAAACCUUUUAUUCCACCUCAGACUGACGGAAUGAUCCGUUUUUCCUUUAACAUUGGUUGUUCUGAAUCCAAAGUAAUUUUCAAGCGACGAAAAAAAAGCAAACAUGUCAAAUAAAAAUGCUUUACAAGGAGGUAACGAUCGCACCUCGUGCAUUUCACUCAGAGCUCCAGCAACAAACAAGCACAGUCAGCACACAGAAAAGCCCGCCUUGAGCCUGCGGUAAGGGAUGCGCAGAAGCUUGCGCAGAACGUUUUUCCGCCCUGAAGAUUGCAUACGUCCUAGCUGACGAUUUUAGAGCCUGUGGUUAAACCCUUUGUUCCCAGUUACACAAUAGGCCACUUGCACGAUGGCGUCAUUUUACAACUACUAACAGAAUCCUUCAGGGCUUUGCUUUCUUGUGCAAAUUAUGGCUAUUUGUUUUUUACACUUCAUUGGGUUUACCAAAUUUAAAUACCAAAGAAAAAACGAAAUGAAUUCUCGUCUUAGAAGUAAAAAGACGUCACCGUGCAAAUGGCUUAUAUACUGUAUUUCUCUCCGUCCUCCCAUGACUACCAUGUAAGGGGCCACCUUCCACUGAGUAAAACUCUGUGUCAUUGCAUGCUUCGCUAAGAACCUCGUGAUGAAUAGAAUCACAGCAAGUGGUCAGCAGGCUGUUAAUUUGUUCAUACCAAGAUACCCUGAAAUGAUAGCAUGCAAUAAAACUAUUGACCUUUCCGGCUACAUUUGGAAAAAAUGCAAUUAUUGAUGUAAGGAUUCGAAGGCAAUCAAGAGUGAUUUCUCUCUUCGUCUCACCCGAUUUUUUUAUAUUAUAAUUUUUAAACUGUUUCACCGAUUAUAUGUUUUCAUCACACCGUACCUUGUUCCUUAGGUGGUCCUUCGGAGUUGUUUUGUGGGAAAUGGCUACCAUGGGUAAGACAUAUUAAAUACUUUGACUGAUGUUAGAGUUAGAAUGAUUGUCCAUUGCAUUUCUUUGUUUGUUUUAUUAACAACGUAAUUUCGUAUCCAGAUCUCCCGUCGACGUAGCCGAAGGAGAGAUCUGGUCAAAUCCGUACGUCGCGUGCUCGCCGGUCAGGCGCACUGCUUUAUAACAAAGUCCAGAUAUAACGCGCACUCUGCUUGGUUGCAAAUACAUGCUUUAUGAGAGUAUAAAACAAACAGGUGAAGGUGUCACAUCAUCUGCCGAAAGUUUGUUUUGAAAUUAAAAAGUAAUGCAUGGGGAAUUUAACGGAUUCUUUAUCAUGAAACAAAGAAGCCUUGACACUGUGCUACGUUUUGUUGAAAAGCACGCAGGAAACGGCAAGAGAACGUAAGUAGGGAGAAACACUCCACUAGGUCUCGGUUUCCCCAACUAUUCUUUCGUGCUCUAGCUACUUCCGGCGUGCUUUACAACAGCACAGAGUAUAGUCAAAGCUUUUAUAUUUUUAACUUUUUUUACUUGACCUGAUCUCGCCCUCGGCUUCGUCGACGAGAGAUCUGGGUACAAGAUCACUAUCAACGUUGUGAGUCAAUGGUCACGCGCCACAACAACUAACAGUUCUUGACAGACGUAAUGUUAGCUUAAAAGUUCUCUAAACCUUCCCCACUGAUAUUUAAAUUGAACAUUUUAGGGGGAACUCCUUAUCCCAGGAUCAACCAUGCCCAGUUGUACAGUCUCCUUAAGAAGGGGUAUCGCAUGGAACAACCAAACACUUGCAGUGAUGAAAUGUAAGUAAACUUAUUGUAAAUGACUCGCAUUUAAUACUUGUACCAAACAAGAAACAAAGUUAACAUCUUUUAAAAACAACAUCGUUACGCUAUAGGCAUGAUCAUCUUUUAAACGUUCAUAACAAAGCCACGUUCUCUACUACUUCUUUCACUUCAUCGGUAAAACGCCAGGGGUAUAGUAAAAUAUACUUCGAUUGACUUUAUCAUGACAAUCAUGACUCUCUGGAAGGUACUCAUGCGACUUGAUUGCGACAAAAAAAUCAAUGCAAUUGGCGAAUAUAACGCCAACGCAAGUAGAUCGGAGGCAGAAAAGAACCAGGCUCAACUCAUUCACGUUUCUUUGACAUCAUGAACGUAAAGAACAGCCCGCUAUUAUUUUCCUCUUUAAAACGGGUAAUUCCAUCUCUGCUAUACUACUCACAAGGGAAAUUUCGUUUUGCCGAAGUAAAAACCAAAUCUUAGGUAAUCUCUCUCGGCAAAACAACGUAUUGUAAAUAGCUUGAACCCAUUAUUCGUCUCGUAACCAGGUGAAAUGUGAUCAUUCAGGUGAGUGUCUUAUGGAAAAGAUUGUUGUUAACAGUGAUUGCCCAUUCGAGAACAGUGAUCAUCAGAGUUCAAAAAGAGUUACGUGUAGUAGCUUGACGACAAUUUUGGCUAGCGUCAUAAUUGGCAAACUUGACCAAAGCAUAAGCCAUAAUAUUUUUUUCUCGACAGAUACAAGUUAAUGCUGGACUGCUGGAGGGAUGAUCCGAAUGAACGACCCUCAUUCACCGAAAUGAUAACCACUCUUGAACAAAUGAUGACAGCUGAUACCCCAUAUUAUGAUUUUACUCUGUUAGAUGAGAGCCAGGAAUGUUACAGUGAUCAAUGCCCCAGCACUAGCGAAACUGUGGACACUCGCUUGUGAUGACUCCAAAGUGAAUCGACCUGACUUGUCACUCUGUUAACGUAGGGCUAGUGUGCAGAUUACUCAGUCUAAAGUUAAUUAGGAAUAAAGGACACUUUUUUUAGUUAAAUGUACCUAAGCUUCUGACAUUAUGGAUGCUGUUUAGGGGCGUAGACUGUAGUGACGAUCAAGUUAACGAUAACAGGUGCUUCAGUUCAAUAUUAUAUAGUUUUAUUCAAGCCUAAAAGCGAAGCUUCCGUCUGUAUACUGAUAACAAAGGCAACAAACUUAAAGCCAUUAUUAUAUUAAUUAAAUAACCAACUUUAGUCCCCUCCUUAGGAGGGAGGGGUUAAGAGAUUUAAGAAAAAACAUCCUUUAACAUAUGUAAUUGUAAAUCAAGUUCGACCAUUGUAGUAGGUCUGGAAAUGAAUUCUUCCCAAACUACACCACAGAGAGUCUGAGAACUUCCACCGCCACGCCAGGAGCGGGGAAGAGGAGCAAAGGAUAAUUUCUACAUGAGCAUCAAUUUUUUAUAUCCUCAUGUCAUGAAAGAAAGUUCCACUCAAGUCUAAGAUAUUCACAAAGACCUUACUUUUAGUACUACACUUAGCCGGUGAAUUCUGAUUUAGAUAACCAGUAUGUGUUGAUGCUUUUGUAAUAAUGUCACUCGACUGUUACCAAGGAGACCAUGUGUAAUGAGUGUGCGUGGCCCUAAAAUAGUGAACUUACGCAACAGGACGGGAGAGGAAAGAAGACGGCAAGCCUUGUAUUGACAAACAUGACCAUAAUAUUAUUGUUUCAAAAAACUUUCCGCCAAACUUCACCUUGCUUUAAACAAAUCUUUUUGUAAAAGACCAGAAAUCAUUAAUGUUUUAAAAGUGAAGAUCAAAACAAAACAUGCAAGUAAUAGCCCUGUCACGUUUGUCACACACAAACGUUUUGCCGUACUCUUCUUUCAACAGUCCCGUUGCGUAAAGUCACUGCUGUUGGAAGAGCUGUGCAAACGGAUCUAACAUUGUUGCGCUACGUUUCGGCGAUCACGGAACAAAAGAAAUGUUGGGAGUUGUUGGCUCAAAAGUUUGACCGAUUUGAAACUUUGUGCAACAACUCCCAACAACAUGCAACAGGGUGUGCAAACGGACGCAACAUGUAACAUCCAACUAUGUUGCUACCGCUUUCACAGGGCUUUAGAAUAAAUUGCGAAGGAUCUUUUUUUCGGAAGAACAUCAUUUAAAAGAAAGGUUUCCUUCCAAUAGGUAAUAACUAGCAAUUUUGCAUUGACUUGAGUUUUUAACAAGCAUGGCUGCGUCUAUUUAAGAGACACAGGUGGCCAUAGAUUUGUGUUAAGAGCUGUUCUUUUUAAUAGCAAAAACGUACCGGUUUAGGACGUUUUGAUUGUUUUCCUUCAUCAGCUUCUGAGUGCUCGUUCUUGUGCACAUUACAAUGAGCCGCACAAGCAUACCUGCAAAAUAUGAGAACGACGAAAAAUAUGGUCUGUAAGCCCGUCACUGCAAUUUCACUAAAUCACCCAAAGGCUACACAAAUGUCUGACAAAAUUGAAAGUUUUCAGGUGAUGUGAUUGCCACAAUUUGGAAGGGGUACAGAUCAAAAACUAAUAUUUCCAAGGGAUUUAGUGAAAGUAUAAACAUUAACUUAUGAGGGGAGUAAUCCCGGGAAUGAUUCUCUGAAAGGCUCAGGAAAAAAACAGCUUCAAUAGUGGGAAGGUGAGGGGGUGGAUGUUAAGUGAAAUGGCCCAUUAUACUCUGAUACUAACCUUAACUGUAAUAUAACUAAUGAGGCAGUAUUUGUUUCCUAUAAGUACAGGCCUUUAUUAACAGUGAAUGGCUUAGUCAUUUUUCGUAAUUAUUCUACAGUUUGUCAAUAUUAUCUGACUACAAAGACUGCAUGUUGUGUAUUGCAUUCACAGCAAAACUAUUGCUAUAAAUGUAAUUUAGAGACAGAUAAUACCAUAAAUUCCCUGUUAAGCCCCCGUCUUAAAUAAGCCCUACCUUUUCAGGAGAAGAAAGCAAUAAGCCCCCCUCCUCCUAUCAUUCUUCAGUAAUAAUUGAUAUACUGUAUUAAGCAAUCAUAACAGUAACACUUCAAAUGGACUGAUCCAGGAUGGUUUAUUCACGUGUUGGAAGUUCAGAUUAGAUUUUGAUCCUCGGCUGCAUGAUCUCCAGCCAUCGUACUUGUGGAAUGAGCUUCUACACUUGGCAUUCUGGUUCUUUAUGGGGAACUGAUAUUAUCAUUUCUGCUAAAAUAAACAUCCCCCCUUCUCAAAUAAGCCCCCUGUCUCUAUUAGUCUCCCCCCUCAAAUGUGCUUGAAAUAAAUAAGCCCACCCCCCCCCCCUUCUGGGGGGGAGGGGCUUAAUAGAGGAUUUUUUGUAGUAAACAGAUAAUGGCUCCAUCUAGUUAACUUAACCAACCUAGUUAUAAAUAGAUAUUUUUAGGAAGUUCAUCUUUUUCAUGAUAGUGUGCUUUGCUGAAAAAAGCAGGGUGUUGAAGACCAUUAUAUCAUUAUCACAUUGAUGAUUAAAUAGAAAGGUUAUCAAUAUGUCUUUUUACUUUUUCCAUGUACAAAACAGUUAUUAACAGCAAUUAACAACAAAGUCAAAAGCACCCUGGACAGUACAUCUGCAUUAAAUUAUAAAUUUUAUCAUCACAUGAAUUAUGAGUUGAUCUCUCUGAUUGAAUCAAAUCCAAAAAAUGUUAGGCCAACAUCUAUGCUUAAUGUAUGUUUCCUUUCGUAAUCAUGUCCACAAAGGGCCAGGGGUAAAGAAUGGCCCCUGGCUACUAUGAACUCACAUAUGCCAACUCUAAGGUACUGCUCACCAAAUCUCCCAUUCAUGAAAUUAAGGCAAGGGUCUCCUAUUAAAUUCUUAAAAACAGGGAGUGGUCUAACUUCUAAAGCUUUCAACAAAACGCAGAAUAAGUUAAGGAAAGAUUUCCUGGGUACAAGUUCAAUACAUGCUCUGAAAAGGGCCUAAUACUCUGAAUGAGCACCCAACCCCUAGGCAAUAAUAUCAAACAAGCACCACUCUCAAAUAGGUGCUUUCUUAAAUAGUAUGGAUACAAGAUGAAUAGGACAAUCUGCAUUUAAAAGUCUGACAAGGAUGAUAAUCGAGAAUGAUGAGACUGAUAUUCCAGAUUUUUUAAACAUGUCUACCAAAAUAUCUGUGUGUAAAGAGUGUUAAGAGGCUAUGGUACACUUACUACUAACCCCACAGUUUUAUCAAAUCAAAAACAUCAAUAUUGACUUCACUUAAACCUGGAUGAUGUGUUAUUCAGCCAUCUUGAAAUCAUAGAGACUUCCCUGUUGUAAUGGCACAUUCGAUUUGUAUGGAAAGAUUACGUUCACCGCAAUGAAUUAUCAAUAAGCUAUACCAUAGCUUAAUUAUAAUCAAUAAUCAUCAGUCAAUUAACUGAAAGAUUUCAAAAUUAAACUGACAAUUCAGGCAGUUGGACUGCUCUCCAGAGUAAGAAACAAGCCACCUCCACCAUAUCCCGCCUCUAUAUCCAGUCCACAGCAAAUUGAACCACAUAAAGCUAAGGUUCAGAUUUAAGCAUACUCUAAUAAAAUUCCCAAGUUAAUUAGGUAUCAUCUCCAUCCAGCCCCAUACAAACCUUGUAAGCUUAUAUAAAUAUUUAUAUCUAGCCCAGUUUUUGAAAGCGUUACUGGCAAAUGGACCUUUUCCAUCCAACAGCUUUAUAUAAAAACUAUAAGAAUGCAACUAUUGGUUUUUUUUUGUUUUUCUUCCCCUCCUUUCUUCCUCCUUGCUUCUUCUUUUUCUCCUUUCCUUUCCUUUGUUAGUGUGAUCUUGGAGCUUAUCGGGCCUAAAGAAAUUUGCCUUUUGACGCAUUUUCACUCAAAUGACAACAAAUUCCAUUAGGUUGGUUUCUAAAUAAUAGCCUAGAUAUAUGCGUGCCACAUGUUAGACCAGCUUUAUAGUACCCUAGCCUCUGAGUGCACGUGAGGCUGAGGUUGACCUUUACUUUGAUACAUUAAACCUCUUUCCUUUUCUUACGCAAAUCAUGCUAAUAAAUACUAGUUAGCAUAAGAACAACAUGAUUUAAGUAUUUUGAUAAAGCAGGAAGGGUUGCGUCAAUAAAGGGUAAAAUCUUACGUCUCUAGCCUCGUUUGCAACCGUAACUGUGAAAUGGACUAUUUCAGUCUAUUUCACACGUCAGUUGCGUAAUACAAUGAAAAGAGUCGAAACAUAUACGCAUAAAUGAUAAAUGUCUUGGGUAAACGGAAAUUUUGACGUUAAUUAUAUUCUUAAUUAUAAGGUUGAAUUAUAACGUUUGGCUUACUUACCAUCACCUCGAUCCAACAGUUGUAUAUUGCUUCCAGAGAGUCGAUUUAAGAAGAUCCACCAUGCCUGUGUUGAGAGGAAAAUAUCCAGUGGUAGAAAUAACUAAACGGAUCCAGGCGUUGAUAAAAACCUCUAGACAUCAGUGCUGUGUUAUUUUUGUGUGCUAGUAUGUAGUACUUUCCCCCAAAACGGUCAUCAUCAACGUUCAAGCUUCAGAUUUGCCGCCAUCGGCCGCCAUAUUGGUUUCUUGGAUUUUCUCUUUACCCCAGGCUUCUCUCAAUCACAAUUUUGCUGACGGGGAAGGCGUGGUGAAGAGCCGUACUUAUCAAGACGUUCAGGGCGGAAAAACGUAUUGAGCAUGCGUAAACUUUUUUGCCCAGAUCCCCUGGCCGGGUUUGAAAAAAUGGUGGGAUUUCAAAUAUUUUAUUGCCUAAAAAUAAGAUGUUUCCACUCAUAACCUGGAAAGAACUGGCAAUUUGUCUUCAAAAGUUGCAAGCUGUGGUUAUAACCUUGUGGUUUCUUAAUUUUCUCGAAGAAUACCUCAUAGUAAAACGGACUUUAACGACAUCAAUUUCCUUGCGUUGUACUGGAAAUGUGCAUGCGUAGGUCCGAUUUUUUUCAAGAUGCAUUCACAAAAUGUGUUCAUAUAAGGAAGUUCCUGGAUAUAUAAGGUCGGGAGCUCCACUGUGGACACAAAAACAACAUAUCUUUGGACAGUGAUUUGCCCAAAAAAAUUAACGCUUGCCCACAAUGUGUUUGAAGGCACUGAACUUGUCGCACUCGAGCUGAUAUUUUAAAACCCUCGCUCGAUCGGACACUCGUAGUUUCGCAGAUAACUAAAAUAUAGACAAAAUCCUCAAUGUAGAAGUUAUUGCGUUGAUAUGCGGGCAGAAAAAAGGUCAAUCUUUAUCUAGUGAAAUCUUCCCAAAAAUCGGUUUUAAAGCAACUAUAGUUUAUUUUUAAACUUGAUCGUUUCGCGUACUAAGAGAUAAAUAUAAAUUACGCUUUGUGUUGUCAAGUUGAAAAUGCAUAACAUCUGUCAAAAACCUACACGUAAGUAGGAUUUCCUUCAAACAAAGUUAAAAUUACAUUAUUGCAAAAACUUCUUGCUGACAAUGAAGAAAUGAAUUUUUUAUACGAAAACAACCUACCUAAAGAUCUUAAAAGCAAAAGAUCAGUUGCUGUGAGCUUCGCAGCUAAACCAUGAUUCACCAUGUAGCUUCUCCACGCUUUAAUAACUCAGUGAAUAACUGGUCCAUGUGAGGGUCUUCAUUCAAGCAAAUUAAACCCAGCCAAUCGUUACAAAAUUCAGAAAACUGCACAUAAGGGUAUUUGUUUUGCUCGCUUCAGACAAAUCCAGCUCCAGCAAUUCAGUGUUACGGGCAGAUUCAAUUGUUUUGAAGUCACUGCCGGCAGUUGUCCUCAGUACUUCACAGCGAGUGAAAUGGAAAAUUUGCGUACAGAAAGUUAUUUCUUACAAAGAACAGAAACUUUCACAGUGCAGUGGAAAACAAAACUAUGUAAUUAAAAGUGACGAAAACUCUGACUACUUAGAGUAUUUGAGCAACAGAAAAAUGAUUCUUUUCUUCUAGAGUAAGUUUACUGGCCUUCUACCGGUAUUUCCGAGAAAGUUUUACGGCGCACUAAAUGGUUCUUUGACUGAAGAGAAGGAUAAAGCUGGUUCUACAAAGGGAAUAAAUCUGGGCAUGUGAAAAAGUAUUUUCUAAUUUUAAAAAAAAAAGUGGGUUUUAAUUCAGCCCGGCGAAAGAAGGCGAAAUCAACUCGCAAAUAAAUCGAAUGAACAAUCAAAAAAAUACUCGCCUCUUUGGAAAUGUUCAAAACUCUUUAUUCCACCUCAGACUGAAGGAAUGAUCCGUUUUUCCUUUAACAUUGGUUGUUCCGAGUCCAAAGUAAUUUUCAAGUGACGAAAAACAAAAACCACACAAAAGUAAAAAGGCUUUUUGAGGAGCAAACGUUCACACCUUGUGCAUGUCAUUCAGUCUUAGUCAGAACUUUCUCAGUGACAAACAAACAAACUGUCGAACACAGUCAACACAAGCUGUCAACACACAGAAAAGCUCGCCUUGAGCCUGCGAUAAAGGAUGCGCAGAAGCUUGCGCAGAACGUUUUUCCGCCCUGAAAUCAAGACGCUGUUUGAGCGUGGGCUCGGGCUACCUUUGUUAGAUACAGUGGAUUUGGAGAAAACAAAUUGAUUUAGUUGUACUACCUAGGGUGGAUUGAUUUACAGCAUAGGUAUACAACCGUCGCGUUUGCACGUUGGAAGGGUUUGCUGUUUUUAAUAUAAAUAGAGCGGUUUUCACUUGACUGUCGAAAGGGAUUGGUUUUGGUUUUGGUUUUGGUUUUACUACGCCCUUUGGUUGGCUAGUGUAUUUACUUUGGUUUUGGUUUUACGACAGUCAAGUGAAAACCGCUCUAAUAAUAAUAAAAACAAUUUUAAUAUAAAAACAGUAUAAUAUAUAUCAGCGGGAGGUAACAGAAAAAUACAUGGAAAAGAAUUUCGAUAUGACGAAACUUCUCCUGUUACAGCGACGAGCGAACAUAAUUCACCUGUCCUUGGCCAUUAAUCGUUUUAUCGAGGUUCCACUGUAGUACGUAGGUCUGGUCUGACUGUGGCGCGGUAAAUGGUCCUCUUUGAGCAUAAGAAUAAAGGAAAUGUAAAAGAGAUGGCAUACAAAAACAUCGAAAAAUGUAUCUUCUUGGCACGAACCCAAUGAUAGAUGCAAUGGAAAAUGUACGUUAUUUUAAUAACAAUAAAUGAAUGAGGCUGAGUAUCUUAUGAAGAAUUAUGGAGAUCGAGGAGGGUGUUAUCCGUCGAAGCCGUAGGCCGAGGUGGAUAACACCCUCCUCGAUCUCCAUAAUUCUUCAUAUGAUACGAAAGCCGAAUUCAAUAAUUGUGUUAUAAUUCAUUCAAAAUAAUUCCUAGUGUAAAAACAUGGCUAAAACAAGCUUACCUCCAUCGAUGUUAAGUUCAUCCUCGAUAGUGCACGUUUAGGGUUGUUCAGCUCCACAAAUACCUCAAAUAGCAGGUGUCGCCCUUCGAGUUGUCUCCUUGCUGUUCUUGCCAUGUUUUUAGCUACUAGUUCGCCUACUUCUUACUCUUGAAACGAGUGAAAUGUCCGCCAUUUUUGUUUUCACAAACAAAACAACUCAACCUCAACCCAGGUCUUCUCGGUUAGCAGUGCAUUAACCUGCAAGGAAGCUGCACUUUUGGCGUCAUCGGUUGAUUAAUCGCAAAAUUCUUCUAAAUUUGGUCAUCAGUAGCUCGUUAUGGUGAAUUAUGCGUGUCCUUUUAGCCGAUCAGAAUUGGGGAAAUAUUUGAAUGAAUAAUAAUGGUACUUAAUUUCGUGGGUCUUUAAUUUCGCGUUCUCCGCGAUUGUAAAAAAAAUCGCGGAAAUAGAAAUCCGCGAAAAUAAAUCCUCGCGAAAUUUAAUACCCAUAUGAAAAGUCAAAUAACAUUGACCUGUAAUAGCAACGAUAUGUAUCUACAAACACAAUUGUCUUCCGGUUUUAUAAUUACUGGUAAGCUCCAUUUUGUAUCUUCCGAAAAUAAAACCCCGCCAAAUACUGUCUCGCCGGCAAAAUCGCGAAUUUAAGUACAAAUAAGGUACUAAUCGAGAUCGCAGAAGAGACGUUUUGGGAUAUGUCGCAAUGUUACCUUUUUGCGGCAUAAGUUUAUUUUCAUUGUUUGAAUAUAAUUGCAGUUGACAGCAAUUUCUUGAAAAAGUAAGUUCAUUAGACUAGUAAAAUUGAAAAGUGCGUCCAAGAAUGAAACAAGAUUUUGACACCGAUAUUAAUUAUCAGUAUUUGUUGUUGUUGUUUUUUGUUACAAAUUUUAUAGUAAAACGCCAAAUUGAUUUUUUUAUUCAAUACUGGCUCUAACUGUCUUACUGUCAUUAGAAGAUUUUAUUCCAUGUUAUUACUGCCAGUCGAUUCACAACAACUUCACAACAAUUUUCCAAGAAUAGGUGACUGGCAACGAAUUAAAAAUCUAAUUUAGCAACUUAAAACUGAUGACUAAUUACUGAUAACGAAAAACCACUCUACCUCGCAAAAGUGUACACAAGAAAAAAAACACUCUGCUGUCUUAAAACGAAUUCAUUAUAAAGUUUAUAUUUGUAGCUGGCACGAUUAUAAAUAAUAUGCUAAAAUGUGAAUUUGGGCAACAUGAACAGAAAAUAAUGGAUUUCCACGAGUUACAAAAAUUAUGAUACUCUUUUUAGAUUAAAAUUGGCCACCAGUGACUCGAUAAAAUUUUCAAAUUCAUUAUUUCUUGGUGAUGCGGCCGGCAUUUCAUCGUGGUUAUUUGCCCCUUUCCUAGCGUAAGACAUCUUUUAGGUGCCUUAAUUAACUUGUCAUGGACUGAGCCAAAAACUUCAAACCUUAGAUGUUAUCGAUGUACGCUAUCCAAACCCCUUUUACAUAAUUAACGGACAUAUGGUGGACCAUGCUGAUAGAUUCAUACAGUGGAAAUUGUUACAAGAAGGCACCGCGAUGACAAUCUACGUCAAUUUAUUCAUCCUCAGUAUAGUACAGCUGUUGGCAGCUUCCUUGAGAAUUUUCUUUCUCUUUCCACUAGCCUCGACAGCUAAAACAAAAAAAAGAUUUGGCUCAGGAUCAGAUUAUACCCACGCCAUCUUUGAGGUAUUUAAAAACCAAAACAUGACGUUAUCUUCUGUCUCUAUACUAAACGGUAUUGUGUUUUUUUGUAAUCGCAUAUUUGAAAAGAAUUACAUAACACAGCCUCGAGUACAAAAUCUUUGCCUGCCUUCAAUUACCAAAAGCAACUUAAAUAAAAAAAAACACUCCAAAACCUUAAUUGGAUUGUGACAAAGUUUCAUGAAGCAAUAAGUUACUCUUCAGUUUUAAGUAAUAGCUGUUGUCACGUCACGCUUAAUAUGGUUGCCAGCUGAAGUUUUAACAUGUCCACGACAAGGAGGCUCUUUGGGAUGAAUCUCAGUGCUUUCAGAAUAUAAUUUUUCUGGUUGUAUGCCACAGGGGUGACUGGUAGAGACAAUAAUUUUCACGCCGGGAGUAGGCCUUCGAGUCGGUCGUUGUCAUUGCUAGGCUUGAACUUGCAACGGGGCUUGAGCGUUUGGUUUCGGGUUCGCCUUCGUCACCCCACCUCUAUAUGAACCUCUAUAUGAAGGCCCCUGUUCGCCUGCCAGCAUAUUGCAGCAUAAGAUGCCAUCUUCAGGAAUCCCGAAGUGCUUCAUGCAAGCACUCUUUAUAUUCUCGAUCGUGUCUUCUUCGAAUUCAUAAGAGACGAAGAGACAGGCCCCAAUGCUGGAGUACUUCUCGUGCACCUUCCCUGUGACUUCUGUGUUAAGCCUCUGAACUGUGAUUGUGUCGUCAGGUAGUGCUGCUGCACCUUUCCCUUUGCUUUCCUCUCUUUCCCUGCAACUCUUUUCGAUCUCUUCGUCAUUUUCUUUUGAAAGCUAUGCCAGUCUCUAGCGCGCCCAGCCACCAUGUUUAACCACAGAGUUUGGCGCCACAAGCGAUAUCAGAUGCGGAGAGGAUUGUGGACUACCACGUGCGAAAAGCAUUUUGGGUUACGGCAGUUCUCGGCUUGCAAGGAUGAAAAAAAAACUGGGUCUUAAAUAUUUUUGAAAGUUCCAGAUCCAUAAAAAAAUAUAUUCUCCUUAGGAAAAAAGAAAACAAAAAGAAAAACGUACAGACAAACAAACAAACAAAUGAAAAUAAAAACGAAAAUAAAAAUGAAGUGUUUCUAUUGUGAAAACGAAUACUUCUUUAAUAUUCUAUUUUUGAAAAUAAUUUGUUGUCCUUCCAAAACUCAAACGCAUUCAAGCGUUUUAAAAAUAAAUUUUGUUUGAAAAAUAAAGAAAACGUCUUUAAUGUUUUCUUUAUAAAAAAAAAUAUGCAGUAAUUUCAAAAUUAAUCGCGUACAAAAGUUGCAUUUUCUUGAAUUAUCAAGAAAAUUACUUAUGGCAGUUCUAGGCCACCAUACAGAUGGAUUAAAGACCAACAGUAAACAUGAACGUACAGGCUUCAGAUUUACCACCACAUUGGUUUCUGCUUGACCCCAGAUCUCACUCAGCCAUACGUUUGCUGACGGGGAGGUGGCGCUGUAAGAUGCUCUUUUAGCGUGAGCUUGGGCUAACUACGACACUAAAGAUUUGGAGUAAACAAAUUGAAUCAGAUUUACUGGUAAAGGUGGAUUGAUUUCUAGCAUACGCCUAGAGCCAACGUGUUCGCACGUUGGCCCUUUUUUAUUAUUAAUGUCUUUUAGCGGAACUUAAAACAAGGGUUUCCUGGAAAGGCAGGGUCGAGGAUUGCGGAUGGGGCAUUAAGGCAAUUUCGUCUCCAGGGUCUCCUCGUCCAAUAUGGCGGCGUCAGGAGGGAUCGCUGAUUGGCUCCUUCUAAAUUUUGAAUUUUUCGGUCAGCGGCCAGUGAUGAUGAUGGCCGCGUCUUUCGAAGCCAGCUAGUUUGUGUUUUAAUGAAUAACAAAGCUAUAAUGGAAUAAAGUCAAUCUUGUUUAAGAGCCAUAAUUAGUUUUACUAUAAUGUGCCCUUCUCCAUUCUAAUUUUUUUCUUUUUUGUUUUUCUUAUGUACACGUAGUUUAAACAACCUUGUACUAAUUAAUAUUGUACAACUGUUGUAUUACUAUAGGAUGGAGUAGAAAUCAAAUACAAAUACAAAAAAUUUUCAUUAUUUAUGGAUUUUGAUUGGCUAAAGGCUUUCUUCCCAUAACACGCAAGAUGGCAGUCCAUGGCGAAUUUAAGACAAACAAACAGAACAAAGUAAUAUAUAUCUAAGAUCUAGCAGACUUGAAAUAUCUUCCAGGUGGAAAACAGCAGCGGAACCUCUUCACUUUUAUGGGGAAUUAAAUCAUUCUGCAGUUUGCAGGUAUUUUAAUCGAUACUCACAAGCAAAGUUAUUCGCGAAAAGCUCCUCAAGUUCAAUGCGAAUUUUGAAUUACCAAUCGCUGUGAGUCUGCGAAAGCAGACGUAUUUUAAGUCUUCGCUUCUCUCCACCUGAAAGAAACCUCUUUGAACGUUAACCCGAGUCGCUAAACGAUUUCUCUGACUUAGGGCAUUUUUAGCCGAUCACAGUUUCGCCCUUAAAACCAAGAACUAACUAGCGAGAAUAGAUACAUGCAGCAGAAUUGCGAAAACGAAGAAAGAUCCUUACAUAGUAGAGCACCAGACAGAACCAGCAGCCUGGGGCACUCUUCCCUGUGAUUUUAGUGCAGUCAGUCGUGAGAUCAUUGGUAAUUUUAUCUAGCAGUUGUGUGUUUGAUUUCCUCUGCCACCCAAGAAGCUAGAGUUUCUCUCGGCUACGCCUCGAGCAAAUAUUACGUUUUUCUUGUGCUCUCUAAACCUCCCGCGUGCUUACAUAACUUGCUUUACGCACGGCAGUGAUGAACCAAUUCAUACGUUAUUUGAUAACAAGAUGAUGCAUGACGUGUUGGCGAUAAAUUGACAAUAAGAAACAAAACACGUAUGGAUCCUCGAUCCUGCUUUUCCAGGAACCCCGUGGAUUAUGCAAAUGAAUCCGAACUUCGUCAAGAACGUUGUGGGUUGGUUAUAUAACCAAAAUUUAGGAAAGGUUUAAUAAUUAAAACCAAGUUAUGACUUACGUUGAAUCUGACCAACCUUAAUACAUAACAAUGUUCUUCACUAUGGUAAAUCAAGGUUAAGCAUAUAUAUAGCACUGACAAGAAACACAUAAUAUUACUUUAAUAAUCCAUAUCUCAACAGAUGUCGAGGUGCAUUAUCUAAUUGCCUUUAAUAGCGGUCUCUUUCUUCCUUCAGAUUUCUUCUAAAUAAAUUAUUGCGAGGUCAAAAGUCUUUGUGUGACAUAUUACUUUUAGGUUGAAUUUGACCACAUGCAUGGGUUGAUAAACAAUCGAACUCAGUUUUUGUUAGUUAUGCAUUUUAUCAUUUGGCCAUGUUUUACUGUGUGUUAUUGUUUAUGAUUAUUUAUUGGCUCUUUUCAUAAACUUUUUAAGGUUUAUGUAGCUAAACAUUUUCAUGUUUAGCGUUUUAAAAUUGUAGUUUUUUGGAUCAAAAGGUCAUAUCAGUGAGGUUAACAUCCAGAUACUCCGUUAACCCUUUCAGUGCCAAGUGUGGCCAGGGGCAAAAUUCGACAAAAUUAAUAAAUUUUGUUUUAUAAAAUUUUGACAACAAAUAGCACCAUUUCAAAGCACAGGAAGAGUGGUUUUAUUUGAAUGAACUACUUAAGGGACUCUAACAUUCAUUCUGGCAAUGAGAGGGUUAAAUGUCUUAGUUAAAUUACUUGUUAUGCAUUGAGCCAAAAAUACCAACUUUUUGCGCCCACUUUGACGGAAAUAUUUGAUGAACCAUGCUGAUAUUCAUGGGGUGAAAUUGUUACAAGAAGGCUCAGCAAUAAGGAGCCUCGUCAGUUUGUUCAAGGUUAGUCUGCUACAGCUGUUGGCAGCUUUUUAAAGAACAACCUAUUUUUUUCUCCUACAACAAGCCUCGACAGCUGAUGAAAGAAAAACUGAAUUGACUAAGGAUAAAAAAACAAAAGUACUGCCAUCUUUAAGGUAUUUAGCAGCCAAGACGGAAUCAGUAUGUCUUAUAAAUGAGAGUGGAGUGUUUAUUUACUUAUUUUUUUCUUAGCUACCGGUACUUAGCUUAGAAAAAAUACAUGACAUAGUCUCCAGAAGUUAUAUUCCUCUUUUUAUUUUGCAUACGCAACUCACCGGGAAACAGGCAAAAAGCUCUAUGGGUUAUAGAUUAGGCUGAAGCAGUUUGCGCAUUCUGACAAAGUCUAGCGAAACACUGUCUUAUUUUCGUAUAUAAUCCAGCACUUCCAAGUGAAGAGUGUAAGUAGCGGUUUACCUGAGGGCAUUUUCAAAACUUUAUAGAAAAUACGCAGAACUGUAAAAGUGUGAAGAAGAUAAAAGGCCGACAUAUACACGGAUGGCACUGGCGCAAGGUCGUAGUUGUUGUAAUUGUUCGAUAAACGUUUCAUCGAUUCAGACCUGAAAAGUGUGCCUCUAGGACUGUGAAUUUACUCUUCUCUUGCUAAUAUGAAGUAACAAAAGGUAAACAUUUUCUCUGUCAGGUAAUCACUUGUCACUGAUUUUUUUCUUUUUCAUUUGUCAUUUGCUGCUUUUUUUCUGUUACGGUGGAGCACCCUUAUAAAAAUGUGCCAAGGAAUGGAAAAAUAGGGUAUAUAGUGGUCCUUUUCAACCAAAUUUUACUAUUAAUAACUGGCGCGAAAAAAAACAUCAUUUGUUUCCUCUGAGUUACGUAAUGUAAGGUUGUUUGGGUUCGUUCACAGUAUUAAGAAUUAUUCACCGAUGUGAAGGUGAUGAAUACUACUAGGCUAAUCAUCUUCGAGUUAGCAAAUCCGCGCCUGUGAAAAGCAUUCGUUUGUGUCAAGCGAAGGAAAAUCUUUUUGUUGCCUUACCCUCUUUUGCUUGUGUCAUAUACUAAUACUCGUUAUUCCAUGCAGUCUUUUGAGGCACGGUGUAGUAGUGUGUUUAGGGAGUAUAGAUCGGAGACAUCAGGGGCACCCAACGAGAAUAUAGUUCAAAACCACUUAAUAUAGCAUUGUUGAACGUAUUUUAGUAUUCAAACGGUAGAUAUAGGCAUAUUUUUAUCCCCUAAAAACUUUUCAUAUGUUCGGAUUUCCUGGCUGAAAGUCUAGUGAUCCGAAAAUUAUGGGAAUAAAAACUUACCUUCUCGAAAAUUUCAGCCAGGAAAAGGCUCCCGAAAAUUCUAGGUGGCCUUUUUUAGGGUCAAAAUACGUUUAAAAUGGGUAAUUAUACCAUUUUGUAUAUGUUCGAAAAUCCUCGGAGAGGCAGGCAAGCAAGAAAUUUUACAACAAAUGUUCCGAAAAUUCUAGAUCUCAAAUCGCCCUCCGAACAGAUAUUUUCCCGAAAAUUGCCGUUGGGUGCCCCUGAGACAUCCGUAAGCCCAGUGGCCGUGCUACUGUAUUGCUGCUGCUGUUGCCUCAUUAUAAUCUCGCCAGCAGAGACCCUGAAUAAGUGAAUGGCCUCGCCCAUGUUAUAAUGGUAAAACAAAAAAGAGUUUUUAAAAUGUUACGUUGGGAUUGUUUUCUUUCGGCCAGUACAUACGUGUCUUGUCCUUUUAUUUCUAUUUCCUUUUUAACUGCUUAGAUUGAUUUUAUAUGGCUGCAAGGAUCAAAGAUAUCACUCAUUUGUUUCGUUAAUAACUCGCAUUAUAAUUUUAAAUAAAAAUUCAACAGCUUCCAUUCUUCUUCUUGUUAUAGCUUUUCACUAGUAUUGUCUAUCGUCCUGUAUUGUUACUUAGCUAGGUCCAAAUCGUACGGACUACAAAUGCUGUUAUCGAGGCACCUAAAAAUGCAACGACUUGAGUCAAUCAGACCUCAGUACAAUUUAAAUGGCUAUUUGCAUCGUAAGUGCCUUGAUAGAUGGGGUUUAGAGUGCCCAACAGUCAUUCUGGGAGGCCAUGGUUUCGAACACAAUUAAGGUCGGGUCAGCUUUUCUUUUCCCUCCUCAUGAUAUGGCGAUAAGAUGUUUUUCUCAUCACUGUUCAUUCUAGGACAAUAGAUGGGGCUUCCUUCUGUAUUGUUGCUGAUGUUCGGUAGCAGAAUAAUAGCUCAGUUAAAUUCAGGUAGGCACAUAUUUUAUUUUCAAUUAUUUUAUUGAGUAGAACAUUAGAGACAAUGCAUGAUAAUGUACUGUGUAAAACAAUCAACUAUCAGACAGAACACGAAGAAGUAAUAGCAAGCGAUCUAAGAUCUCACAGAAUUACAAAAUACAUACGAUGACGUUUUUUUGUAGGAUUAAAGGUUAACAGUUUCCUUAUUUUACCUAGUAACUAAACUUUCUGGCCAUUUUACCGCUUAACAUCAACCCCACCUGACCCUAUGUAUAGUACAAAGCAUUGAAGAAGAUUUUAAUACUUCGUUUUAAAUUGAAGUUUCGGAAGUGAUUAAAAUAUAAUCGAAGAACAUCAGGGCAAACCAAAAAAUGACCAUCAGAAAAGAAUUUUCUUUGUAUUCAACCCGGCGAUACUCCCAUAUAUAAGCCAUGUAGGUAUGUGCCGCCCCAAAGGGUAGGGUUUUUGCGCCGUUUCGGUCUGAAAAAGGGCAUAGAUUUGCCCAUUUUGGUCGGGAAUCGGGUAUGGCUUUUGAGGAAACUACGGGGGUGUGUCAACGUUUUUAUGUGAUGAUUCAAAGUGGAUUUUUAGACAUCUGUUUUGUUGUUGUUCUAAUUUAAGUAAUGAUGAAACAAUUUUUUUCUCAGAGGUCAGGUCUGAAAACGGGUAUGAGUUUUAGAGGUCAGGGCCCAGUUCCUGAAAGGCCGAUUAGCACUAAUCCGGGAUUAAAAUUUUGUUCCACUUUUUGUAUUUACUUUCCUAUGCAUUGCCAAGAGUAAAAUUUGUGUUGUCAUUUCUUUUUUUCGAAUUAAAGGCACAACCGUAUUUUGUAAGCUCCAGUUACACGUUCUUAUACAAGAAAACCUUGCUUAAAAUUUGGCUUAAUCCGGGGUUAAACUUAACCAUCUUUCGAGGAACCAGGCCCAGCUCUGAAAAUGGGUGAAAAAGGGCUAGGAUUUGGAGAACCGAGCGACACACCCCACCCCCACCCAGAAUUCCCAGGAAUACCCCCUCCGGGGAAUUCAAUAUUUCCAUAUUUUACCGAAACAGUUCCCACUGAGAGCCGGAUGUUGCAGUACGAUCUGUUAAGAAAUCCGCAUAGAAAUUCGAAGAAUUUCCAAGUUUGUCAAAGACUAGGAGAUUCAUCUGCAUCAAUUGUGAAACUGGUGUCUACAUAUUGCAUGUUGUAUGAAUCGAGAUUAAAGAUUUUCUGAAUGAAGAGUAUGACUGUAAGUUGUCGGGAACAACAUGACUCGAAUUAAAUUUCCGUACUGCAGAGGACCAAAAGACAUAUGCGGAAUUAUCUAAAAAUCAUUAUGCUUAUUUCAUACUUGUGAUUAUUAGUGACAUAGACAACAGCUUUGGAAAAAACAAACGUAAAAUGGUAAUAAAUUGUGCAUUUGAUCCCAGGAUGCGGUUCAGUGGUAAACAAUACAUUGACAAGUCCAGCGGGAUAUCCAGACAGAUAUCCCUGCAACUGGAAUAUGUCGAUUCCACGAGGACAUGUGAUGAAUGUCAGCUUUAAAUUAUUUGACCUCAAAGCAGACUGGGUUUGUGGGUAGGUGAUUUUUACAUUUAUUAUUUCCUUUCGUUCUUUCUAUUUUGACACGGUGUGUUGUUUGUACAUGAUUGAGCAUCCUAGGAUAAAGGGAAGGGCUAAUGCCAAACUCAUUUCACCAUUGUUUUAGCUAAAAGUGGAUAAAAACAAAUAAAUGAAAUGAAAUGAAUAGAGUUGUAAUUCAUUCCACCGCAGCAUGUUAGUUCAAAGUCUUCUUGCAGCAGUUUUUCCGAGCAUGGCGGUAGGUUGCUCUGUACGUCCCUUGCUGUAUCCUUCAGGCACAUCCACUAUACCGUUAGUUUGGUUAAUCUUUCUUUAAAUCAGGAUGUCUCUCUCCAAGUACGGUUCUCUGGGUUGUGUACUUCAUAGUUUUGCGCUUCUCUGUAUCUGCCCUAAUCUUCCAACUCGAUGGGCACGCCAUCUCUUUUAUGUGGAUCUCUUUCAUCUUCUCGUCCGUAACUACGAGAUCUAGGCAAUUUCCUUCACUCUUCGGGCGAACUUCAGUCGCUCUAGAACGACCCCACGUUAUUUCUAUAUCUUUAUUGCCAUAGAAACUGCAAGGCUCCUGUCUCAAUGGAAGUGGAUUUCCAGUCAGUUGAUGGGCUAUGAGUAACUCAUCUAAAACCCAUUUAGUACAUCAUGAUACUGGUACUGUCUUUGGGCUACUAACUGAAAGGGAUAUGUAGAGCAAGGUGUAUUAAGGUGUUGGGUGUGUCUCGCCUCUCCCCUUUCGGUGAAGAGACGCUUGAUUUUCAAAAUAAGCUCAUUAAGAUCUUCUUCAGAGAAGUAUGAUGAUGAUGAUGAUACCUUUAUUAAAGUGUCAAAACUGUAAUGGCCGUGUAUAACCAGGGGGGUUUAUUUUGUUCAGGUCGGACCGUGGCGUGUCAAAGAUUACACUGACGCCUCUUUCUUUCUUUCUCUGAUUCCCCGCGCAACACAUAUACGAAAGAAAACUGGAAUACUCUGCAUUCUACAUUUGAUUGGGAUUGUAAACCUGUAUUAGAAGCUGAGCACUAGCGGACUUCAUUACAUCCUCUCUACUUGCAAUCCAUACCUCCACCGUGGUACAACCUGCAGGAAAGGGCGUGGCGAGGUGGGGGGCGGGGAAGAGGGCUGGAACCCUUCUUUGGGUUUCUGUUAAGUUAGAAUUUUGCAAUGAUAAAGCUUUUAAUGGCUAUAUAUGGCCUGUAAGGAGCUCUACAAGUACAGGACAUAUUACAUAAUGAUGGUAUUGCGCUGGCUGGGACCCUUGAGGUCAUCUUACCUGGCCGUCAUCAUAUGAACAGCUACUGAAAGGAAGGACUUCUGGCGCGAGGGCGUUUGGAAAUCUGGGGAAACGUCUGGUGAUUUCCUGUGAGGUUGUCAUCAACCCCUCUCUUGUGCGGCGUAUAGGGUUGUCUGAAAAGCCAAAUUUCAAAUUUUCAUUUUCAAAUGGCGCUGACUUAAUUCUUAUUAGUUUACUUUGGUAACAAGCGAGAAUAAUCUGAAUUUAUUUAUCCGUGGCCCUCUCAUAAGGGCUUCAAACGUUGAGGAGAUACUAAAUAAUACGGCAAGUAAACUUAUCUAGAUUUCCCUUACAGGUUUGAUUAUGUGGAGAUAAAGGAUAGCAACAAAGUUCAAGUUGGCAAAUAUUGUGGUGACAGUGUCGGUUGGAAUUCAGUUGUGGUAACUGGAGAUUACGCUGUUAUCAGUUUUUUCUUGUCACACUACUUUUCCAAAGAUGGAAAGAAAUGCCAGUUUUAUUUUAAUGCACAACCACGAAUCGGUAAGUAAAAAUGUCAAAGACAUUCCUCUGAGUCUUAAAGAGAAAGAAAGCGGCUAUAAAGGCUAAAACUCGAAUUAUUAAGGGUAUUAUUAUUUCAACAUAUUUUUCAAGAACAAAUUUUCCUACAACUCUGGUCUAGACAUGAACAGCGGGAAAAAUCAGGGGUCCCAGAAGAUUUUUUCCACCUCCUGUGAUGGUGCUCUUUGACUUGUCAGUCCGGUUCGAUCGAAAUUUUCAACUUCUCAAAAACACGGCCAUGAAUUUCUUCAGACUUUUCACUGUCCAGCUUUUUUUUUUUAAUAUAAAGUUAGUUCCUUAACUCUAACUUGUUAUACUCCCAGAUUAAGUCUGUGUGAUCGGACAAAACUGGUCAGGCAAAAUUUCCCGGAUUACGGAUUACGGAAUCCGGAUUCUCUGACAUGUGGUUUAAUGAGUUGUAAAACAAGAUAUGUAUGAGACAAAAUUCGUGCAAGCAAAACUUGUGCCCCAGACCUAAAAAAAAAACUUGCAGAAUUGUCCCAUGGCAGAAACAUUGCACUCAAGAAGGCUGACAAGUGAACUACGUCCGUCAUGACAAGAUUAACGAGACUGAUGAUAGAAAUGACCAUCAACCCCUCGCUCAAAGUCAGAACUAUUGAAAAACAGUAAACUGAUCCUUACGGCAGCAAGUGUUUCAGAACUAUUCAGCAGCUUGUAAAAUCGCUUCUUCAGGAAAGCACAGUGGCUCUGUUAGAACUAUUCAGUUCCUCUCGUCAAACCAUUUUGGAGAAAACCAUCCAAAAUCACUGGAUCGCGCCUGACAAAAAAGGCUACCCGGCAAAAAGUACAGUUUGAAAAAGCGUCUCUCUGAGAUUAUAUUUGACGACAGGGAAACAACUUUUCAACAGAGAAACAAAUAUACGAGUGUAAAUUACUACUUUUUGUUAUACACAAUUAAAUACCGUCCAACUUUGUCUAGCCUAAAGGAAAUACUUAACGGAAGAUGGCACUUUAUACAGAACAAACAACAUCUAAAAGAAUUUUUUAGAAGCGGAGUAAUGGCGACAAAACAAAGUAACCUGAAAUAUUUAUGUUUAAAAUAAGUGGUCUUCCCUAGGAACUUUGACUUAAAGUUUUUCCAGGUAAGUAGAAGUAAUAAGUUACUUCUCUUUUCCAUAGUUGAAAUGGAAAGGGCAACAAAAUUUUGAUCAUUAUAGUAGCACUUUAAGGAGCCUUCCUUCAUACUUAAUCACAAGGAAAAUUUCCCCACAAUGUUUCUCGGAAAACAAAAGAUUCUCAAGUAUUUUUUUCAAAUGGACCGAGAAAAUUCAAGGUUCAACUAUACAGCCAUUGAAAAUUAUAAAACGGUUUGAACCUUCCUGACCUCUUUGGAAACAGCCCUCAAAUUUAUGAACGCUAAUGGUCCAUUUGCAAAAAAAAAUUAAAAUAAAAAAUAAUAAGAAGAAAUUGAGAAUCUUUCGUUUUCCAAAAAUGUUGUGAUUAGUUAUUCUUCUUCCAAGUGCCCCAGUUAAAGGAGUAGUUAGCACUGUAAAGACCUUUGGAGAGCGAAGAUAUGCAUCGAGGUCUAUAAAAUCCUUUGAGAGUCGUGUAGGUCCGCCAAAGUCUUUUUCUACAGUGGAAAGCAGCCUUAUCACUUCGGUAAAUAGUUUUUUUUUUAAAACAAAUGGCCUCCUAAUUGACGAGACACGUGACCCAUAGUGGCUUUCUUCGUCGAGCUCGUCCCAGAUAGAUUUAGUGGAAUUCAGUAGAGCUCAAAUGAAAUUGCGAAAAGCUGAAGUGAAUUGACGUUUUAAGUUUAAAUAAUUAUUUACACAAGGUUAAAUUAAAUUUUAUGUUAAAUUAGUUAAUGUAUUUUUACUUUAAAUAAUAUUCGGCUUCAAAGUUUAAAUUUAAACGAAAUAGUAAUAAACAGGGGUUUGCUACAAGAGGGCAGGCAUGUUCUGACCAGGCUAUCUGGCAUAAUUUCAUUUACCCUUGAACUCUAUAUUAAGCGCCAGUAAGUUCACGAUACAGCAUAAAAGAAAAAUGUUUCGAAUUUUCUUUGGCAGUUCUAUGCGGCUCAGCGAUGGGAAAUAUACUAAGAUCCCCAAUAUACGCACAAAGUUAUCCACCAAAUAUGCAUUGCGUCUACAAUAUAUCAGUUCCACAAGGCAAGGUGCAAAAACUUGUAUUUCAAAUAUUUGAGCUGGCGUUUGAUCCACAUUGCAGGUACGUUUCUUUGAUUUUUUAUUAUGACAAUUGAUUUUGGGAUUGUUCUAAUUUGCCUGAUUGCUACCACCGAUAGUCUAAACAUCCGUUUUAAUUUUACUGUUUUAAGAAACAUACUACAGGCGUACCUAUAUUUCCUUUACUAGCGAUUUAAUCAUUUAUUCCUUUGAUAUAUUGCACAGUUCCCGUUGGCUAAAAUCGACCGGCUUAUUCUCCCACAAUAAGCUAGCGCUGACCAAAUUUGGAAGAUGUUUUUGCCGGCCGAUAUCAGUACAAUUUAAGUGAACUCCCGGCGGUAACUGCACUGAUAUCGACAGAAAAAGGGACAGUAGAAGUGAAAUAGCUCAGUGGAAGAUUGCACACGUUAUGUUAAGAAGAAAAAGUCGAAUUACUGUCUAACAACGUGGCAAAAAUAGCAAAACAACUACACUCAAGGGAACUUAAUCUGCAUAGUCUAAAAGUAAGCGGCUUACACCAUUCAUGGCGAUUCUCAAUCAUCACCUAGCGUCUGAUUGGACCCUGUUGUUAUGAUGCAGGCAUUUUUUAAAAACGUAGGUUCUGCCCGUCGACAUUUGAGUAAUGGAACUUCGAUGGAACUUCUGUUUGGUAAAGUCUCCAGUUUCGUUGACAGUAUUCUUAAAAAUGAAAAAUAAUAAAGUAAUGCAUUUCCUUUGCAGGAACGACUAUUUAAACAUUUCAAAUGGUACUAACAUUAUCGGCCAAUACUGCGGUAACUUAACUGGAGAGGAAAUUCGUUUUUCACAUGAUUAUCUGGUUCUAACAUUUCACACUGGCAGGCGAUUUAACCAAACAAACAGAGGAUUCGAAAUAUUUUUCACGGAAGAUGUUAAAAUGCCUGGUAAGUCAAAUAAUGGUCUGAUCUCAUUUCAGAUAAUGUUAUAUUGUAUAUAGCUGGAAAUUUCUUCCCAACAGCGCGCGAUCUCACUGGUUACUCCGAGGUCACAUGACAUCUAACAAUGAAACUGUUUCCCGCAAAAAUAUCUGAGUGGGUAACAUUGUAAAAUCUAAAGCUGAAUCUAUGACGUCAGAGGGUAAAAAUCCAUUGUUACCAAUGUUGACUGACGGCCGCCUUUACAGCGAAGUCAUUGAAUUUCCAGCUAUAUCACAAAACACUUAAAGACUGGUCCCUCGGGAAAAAGGUUAAUUUUGUUUCCCUCGGGAUCAGUCAUCAAAGCCUGGUUUUCACUAGCCCAUAAGCAUAAGCAUAAGGACAUAAGCACACGCAGAAUGGCAUAUUUGACUAGAAACUCGACACCAGCUCUUCUCAACCCGAUGAUAAACAAGAUGGCGGACGAAGCGUCCCCAAUAUUGUUUUUGAUAUGUUCGCAUGGGGUCCGGGUCAAAGUGAUCUAUGAUUGGUCCACGGCCUUGAGCUUAUCCUUGUGCUUAUGUCGACCCAGUUUUCACUAGUCAAAUUGACAUAAGCAUAAGCAUAAGCACACGCUUAUGCUUCUUAUGCUUAUGUCGACCCAGUUUUCACUUGCUGAUAUCUGUGCUUGUGCUUAUGCUUAUGUUUAUGUUUAUGCGCUGGUGAAAACCAGGCUUAAGUGUUUAUUAUGCUUUGCUCGUAUGCAGUUAAACCCCAGUCCUCGGGUGAAAAUGGCGGUAAAGAAGCUACCCUAGCUCUUCCUCACACAAAAAGCAUAAUUUGCUAAAUCUCGUCCAAUAGUUGUUUGAUUACAAAAAGCUCAGAUGACUAGCUAUAUCCAACUAUCAUAAGGACAUAGCUGUUCUAUAGAAACGAAAGAAGACAAACAGAUCAGUUUUAGCAAUAACUAAUUCCUACAUGAACAAGCGCUACGACUCGCUGAUAUGACAAUUAAUUAUGGAAUUGGCGACUCGGAAGGUAACACAGAACAAUGGAGUGCUCUGGUAAAAAUGGAAGCCCCAAAGUCAUCGCUGGGGGGCUGGUCGGAGGGUGGCUGCUGUAAUCCAGCAAUUCACGAAUAAACAGAUUCGAAUACACUUGAAACUUAACUAGACACCCAAACAUCGGUCAGGGGGGACUUACAUAUGACUAAUAAGGAGACUAUCUCAGUCACAAAAGCUGAGCUGAUGCUAAAAGGAAUGCGCUGAUUGAAACUUAAGGAUCUAGUCUUUUACUACAAAUGUCUCUUUGGCUCUACUGACAUUAAUGUUCUUGAACAUACAUCGUUUAUUUCUCACGGCCGUACCAGACAAAGUAGUUCUUCAAUCUUAAAACUCCUCUUUGCAGAACCAUCACUUUUUUAAUCGUAUUACUAAGUCAUCGAAUUUUGUCUGUUCACUUAAGUCCCCUACUAGUUUCUUUAGUAUGUAAUUUUUUAGGCAGUUUGUUUAUAAAACUAUGAUCACCACUCUGGUUAAUACCUAUGAGGUGGAAAGAUCUUGUACGUGGAAAUUAGUGAUGACAUGUCCCUGUCAAAGGUGGAAGUGACUCACUUUUUUGUUAAAAGCUCACAUCUAGGGUUUGAAUUAAUUUUUUUCAAAGGUGAAAUAAGUUAUUUAACAGCAUUGUUUGUAAUUAUAAGUAACAACAGGACGGUGCCUUGCAUGGGUCUAGGGUCCCGUUUGCACUUGUCCUUUUGGAGAUCCGCAAUUGUUUUUUAAUUAGUAUAAGUAAUAGGAUGAUUUGUAGUGAUAUUUGUCAUAAAUACCGCGAGUGAUAUUUCAAAAUUCGUUAAACGUAAUUUCAGGAGCUGUUAGGCGAGUGAAAUUUGCGACAAUUUUGAAAUAUCGUGGGAGGUAUUUAUGCCAAAUAUCACGUACAAUUGUCAAAUCAUGCUAUUAUUUGUUUUCACUACUACCUGCCAAGGUUUUGUAAUUUUCACAUGUAGGUUUUUCAAAUUAAGCUGAAAUACCACUACUCUAAGCCAAUCAAAUUGCAGAAAUUUCUAAUUCAGUAGUUUUUGUAAUUAUCGUUAACUAUUUCUAUUUUAUUUCUUUAAUCACAUGUCUCCUUGUUAAUUCUUUCAUGGUUGCAGUUUUGCCUCAAAAAAGUGUUUCUUUUCGAAUGUCAGCUGUUUGAAUCUCUCCUACGACUCAAUUAUUUUUCUCUCCUAUUAACCCAUUCGCCCCUGGAGAUUUUGCCGAAAAACGCGCUUUAAAGCUAGUCGAGCGGUUUUCUGGUCACUGUGGUGCUAUCAAGAGCUAAAAUUUACCACAACGCCGGUUAUAGGUCUUACACUUCUCGGCCUUCUGAUCCAGAUGCAAAAUAUCAGCUUGCGAAGUUCGGGCAUGCGCAGAAAGCAAAAUUUCUCGUUCUCUCCUCCCCUCUUUUUUCGCUUUUCUUGCCUUAUUUUUUUUUCUCUUGCUGGGCAUUUAGUAGGCUUUAUUUUGGUGGGAAAGGUUUUUAGGAAAGGUUUUAGGAUCUUAAGAUUAGAUGAAAGGAAAGGUAGGUGGGUAGUGGAACAAGAUUUUCAUGGAAAUUUUCAGGUCAACGUUACAUAGUUUUUGGCAUUUUUCUCCGGUGUCCUUGACUGAAUUGUGCUCAUUCUGGUAUGGUUUGAAAGACCUCUUCACUUUCCACAAGCUAACGGACAAAGUUGUCCUUGACCGUUAGAACUGAUGACUUCACAAGCGGUAGAAAGCACGAGGACCGUAUGGACAUAGUUUUAAUAGUUCGGACAAAAGACAUGCCAACUUUAUAAACUUCUCUUAUAUCUGACUAUAUUUCAGCACCUUGUCCACCAGGCUGGGUCUCCAGUGUUUAUGGUUCCUGCUUUAAGAUAUCUUCCGAACCACUGGAAGGGAACUCAGCAAAAGCCGCCUGUGAAGCACUGGGAUCAAGUCUCAUUGUACUGAACUCAAAACCUGAAAUACAAGAACUCACUGGAAGAACAACAUCCCAUUUGUGGAUUGGUUUGCAGAAGGAUUCUAAGGGCACUUGGCUUUGGGUUGAUGGGUCCCGCGUUUUUUUCGAAUACUGGUGGCCUGGAGAGCCAAACCAUGCCCAUACUGCAGAAGAAUGUGCAGUAAUGAGCCCAUACGUUAAAAAAUGGAAUGACUUGCCUUGUGGAUAUAAAUACAAUUACGUUUGUGAAAUCAAAGGUAAAACAAAUUUCUGAUUUAAUAACAAUUCAAAUGCGACAUAGAAAUUUCUACCAGAGCCGAUAGCGCCUAGACUCGUAUUCAGUUUCUAUCUUCGUGUCUUCAGGUUACCAAAGGAUUUUGGGAUAGUUUGACAUGCACGGAUAUCUGGGAAAUAUAUAUAUAUGGGAAAGGACGCUUCCCCCGUCAUAACUCCUCGCGUGACUCUGAGAAAAUGAAAAGUAACGAAUUACUGGGUACGAGUCUGGAUAAAGUCAACUAUCAAAAUUAAAAGCGAUCGAGUGAGCCUUCCGAUAGUUUUAGUAAACCCACGGCUUCUACUAUUAUUUUGUGCUAUUUUUUACCUUUAAUUUCAUCGGACAGGACAGCUCACCUUAUAUUUAUAUCUGAGAAGAAGACUAAAGCUAUUGAAAUUGUUUUUUCUUCUGGCUUCAAAGUUUCAAAAAGGGAAUUUGUAAUAGUAAGUUCUACAAACAACAGAGAAGUAGGGUUUUAAAGGGCAACCUCGUCCCCAGGGCUUUUCCCUCAAAAAAUGGGUUUUUUUGAGGGAAAAGCCCUGGGGACGAGGUUGUUUAAAGGGAUGUCAAAAUUAUAAGCCUAGCAUAAAAAUUGUUUUCAUCGGAGGGACGUACUAACGAAGAAAUCCCAAAUGCUCUAGAUCCCUCGGGAAAGUGGGCGUUUGUGCUUGACGGCUCCAAAUAAGAAUCAGUAUUAGUUUUUCGGGAGCCAAGCAGUCUAUUUAAAAGUUUAUUUAAAAAAAACAAUAUAAUUAUGGGGUUGUUGUUGGGCUAAAAAAAUAACAAAACAUCAAAUUCCUUUUAAACUAACGAGUGUGAGUUCUAUUAAUCUUUUAUUGCCAAAUAAUACUUCACUCUUGUGCAUGUCUUCAGUGGCAAAAAGAAAAACAUAUCAUAUCCUGAGCUGAGGCUCGCGUGUCCGGUGUAAGAAAGGAAUUUCGGAAAUCUCGAAUCUUGAUAUAACGACUUUCGUUUGCAGGUUGCCCUCCAUCUUGGAUUCAAAUUCUAGGCUCUUGCUUUAGAACCUGGCCCAUCACUUUGGAUUGGUUUUCGGCAGAAUUUUCAUGUGAUGCAGUUCGAUCUUAUCUUGCAAGGGUAAAUUCACAAACUGAACAACAAGCACUUGGCUCAUAUGUGGGGAAAAGCACGUGGAUUGGUCUGCACAGGAAACCCAAAGAAAACUCAAGUUGGGUUUGGGUCGGUGACUCGCAAGCUAAUUACAUUAAUGAGGUUCGUAAUCAACUGGACAAUUUGACAGAUCAGGAAAAUUGUGUAGAAAUAAAUUCGAAAGGACAACUGAACAAAAGGACCUGUAGUCAUCAUCUUCAUUACGUUUGCACAAUACAAGCAGGUAAGUAAGUAAGUGUGUUUGUUUAGGAAAUAAUCAGGGUUUUUCGUCGGGGUUGCGCAUUGCUAAAAGCACUCGUAUCCCAUCAAUGUGGCCUGUGAAUUUUUUUGUUUUUGCCUUAUCGCCCUGCUCUGAAAUGUUUUUUCCAGGUACACUGGUUUCAUCUUUACAGAAAAGUCAACAUUAUAAAUUAGUUUUGCAAUUUUAGGAGAAUAUGCAUCAUAAUAACCAGAUGGUGAAAAUUUAAUUCCUUAGCAGUGAGGUGGUGGUGUUUUUUUGUAUUGGGUAAGGAAGUUGAAACAUCAGUGAUUGUAUGUUAAAACACGUUUUACGACAAACUGACACAACAAACGUAUGGAUAUGAAAUCCAGCAGACUGCGCCGGGUUGGCAGCAAUGAAUACGUGUUAGUCUUCUUUACUGCCAAAUUGCCAAACGUUUUAAUAAAACGUAACCAUGACUGUACUUAAAUUUCAGUUGGAUUUUUAUCCCUCUUAGCUAUCUGGAUCCUAAGAAAGACCCCAUAUUUUUCAGAAGUUUUCCCGUCCUCCAAAAACAGAAAUAAUCUAUAAAACAUCUAGCAGAUCCUAAAACUAGUCUAAGACCGAUUUCGUUAACCACCCCCUCAAAAAUAGAGAUAAAUAAAACAUUUAGGCCACCCUCUAACCAAUGUAAAAUACCCUUGACCUCGCUCCCAGUAUUUAGACCCUCUCCUCCCCUCUUCACUAACAUAUAAUGACCAUUGUGAAGACGGCAAUGCAAGACCGUAACAUAACUCCUUUUGACAAACCUUCUGGUACUUCACUCACAACGUGGCAAGAUGUACAUUACUAAGCUCUUCCUUUACUUACUGUACGUAAAUCCAUAAGGGACUAAGUGCAAAAAUCCUUCCUCUGGGGAUGGCAUGGUUGUCUCUGAUUGUCGCUUAUCAACUCAACAAUAUGGAAUGACUUGUUCGUUUAACUGUGCCCGUGGCUAUCGUGUCAGUGGCCCUUCGUCUGCUCGCUGCGGAAUAGGCGGAGCAUGGAGUGAGGACAUUCACACAGUCAGAUGUCAUGGUUUGUAUCCUAUUUUAGUCUUCUUUUUUUCGUGUAUUACACAUAGACUGAACUCAAUUAUGUUUUCUUGGCGAUCGGAAUGAAUGUCACGAAUCCCGAGGCAGAAUUUCCUAUUGUCUCAAGCAAAGCACAACAUCCAAUUAUCACGCAGCAUAAAAAUAUUUAGCUAGUAAAGUAAAGCGCUAGAAGAUUAAGAAGAACAUGAUCUCGCGCGAUGCAUCCCAGUAAUGAAUAGCUUCCAAAAACCUUGUGCACUGUGGUUUUUAGAGUGCUCAAUUAGCAGUCUUAUCGUCAUCAUCAUCAUCAUCAUCAUCAUCAUCAUCGUCAUUAUCAUCAGUGGAAGCAGUAUCAUUAUCAACUAAAUCGUCACCACUACCGUCGUUAUCAUUAUCAGCAUUAACAUCAUUAUCAUUUAACAUCAUCGUCAACAUAAUUGUCAUCAACAAUCACGGUUACCGUAAACGUCAUCGUUUAAUACCAUCAUCAUCACCAUCAUCGUCAUCAUCUUCGUAAUCGUCAUCAUUGUCUUCAUCAUCAACAUCAUCAUCAAAUCACUGUCAUCAUUUAUACGAUAUUCACGAUCAUUGUUGUCUUGUGUGCCAGGAUCGGAGCCAAGGUUACGGGCUCCUGUAAAGCUGAAUACUAACGGAAGGUUGGUUGCUGUAAAAUAGAAUGCGAAAACGCUCUUGGUAUGGGAGAUGGUGCGAUCUCUGAUGGACAAAUUAGUGCGUCUUCACAACUUGAUGCCCACCAUGGAGCCAUCAAUGGUAGACUAACUUCAACAACCUUAGGAUCGUGGUCAGCUUUCAAUAAUGAUGUUAGGGAGUGGCUCCAAAUAGAUCUUGGCAGUCAAGAGAGUACCAUUCUGGCAAAGAUUGCUACACAGGGAGAAAAUGCUAACAGCCAGUGGGUCAAAAAUUAUACAUUACAGUACAGUGGAACUGGUAUGACCUUCCAGAUUUACAAAGAGCAAGGAAAAAGCGAAGGAAAGGUGAGGAAAUAAGCCGCAUUUAAAGAAAACACAGUCUUUGUUAUUUCUUUGCUUUUUUUUAUCUGUCCUAAGCGCUUUUUGGUUUCCUUUUUAUCCAUUCGCACCUGUCUUGACUGUAUUUACAGACCAUCCCUUCCUUGUUAUCUUAAAAAAAAAAAAUAGUAAUUUUUCAUCUCUCUAACGAUUGCCCUAGUAACUCCUCAAGUAUUCAUUGAAUAAUCUGACUAAUCUGUCAAGGCAUAUUUGAAGUCUUAGUCUUUUCCCCAAAUAUUCUUAAUCCGCGCAGAAUAGGCUUUUCAUUUAUGGUGGCAAGUGAGACCUGCAUUUAUUUACUGGACGAACUCUAAGCCAUGGUGGUGCAUGGAAUAUGUUUAUGUAGCUGUUUACCUGUUAACCUGUCCAUCAGAAUGACAUUGCCAGUUAACUGUUCUGAAGUUUGUCUAAGACUAGUCACGUAUGAAUUUUAACCAGUGAAACAAAGGGACACCUUAAAUGCCAAUAGAUGACUUAACCAUAAACAAACAAUAUUGGCUUAUUAUAAAAGGCAAUUUCAGUUUCGAUGACUCCUGUAAACACUUAAAUUUGAUUCCUUUUAUCUAGCAAUUUUACAAUAUAUGUUCUUUUUUCCUAUUUUUUAGGUGUUCGAUGGCAACACAGACCCGGAUACCAUUGUUUCUAAUAAACUAAAUCCACCCAUUAGAGCACGGUACGUCCGUUUUCUACCAACAGCUUGGAAUAAACACAUCUCGAUGAGGGUAGAACUCUAUGGCUGUAAAGGUAAUGCGUUAACUUCCUUUCAAAAAACGUCUGGGACUCAUAAGGGUUGGGUUGAUGAACAUGAUCCCUCUCGCUACGCCCCUGGAUUUGAACUUCUGUAUUUCCCAGAGACUGCAUUUUAUUUCAAAUAAUAAAGAAAUUAUGUAAGUUUUGUGACCCUCUGCAGCUUACGUAAAUAAAGAAACAAAAGAACCUUUUAAAUAGACGAAACCUUCCUCAAUCUAACAAUGGAUGUAACCUUUCAUUAGGAACACCCAAAUUUCACCAUUGGUUCCUAGAUGGAUCUGAUGCAGAAGUAAGGUAAGUAGAAAAACCACCUAUUAUAUAAAACCUUAACAACAAACAAAAACAAUAACAAUGAAAAUAGUUAUAAUUAUGAUAAUUAUAAAAGUAAAUUAUAACCAUAAUAAAAAUCUCCCAGAAUCCCUUUGGAGCAAUUUGGAGCAAAGUUAUGUUCUACCUUAUAAUUUGUUUAAUGACCAAAAGAGGGACAUGACGUAAUCAGUCACGCGACCAGAGCGUUUUAAAUAUUUUAGCUCGUGUGUAAAGUACAUUUGUCGUCAUAAAUUGGCACGUUUUUGUUGUUUUUCUUUAGAAAUAUUUACACUCUAUUGCCUCUGAGUAGUUAUUAAUACCUCCACUUUCAAAGCAGAAGCAAACGAAAACUGAGCCACAAGUUUAAAAAUUGCGUAAAUAUUGACAGAUUUUGCAAGUUUAAAUCGCAAAAGAGACUUGCUUACUUAGUUUUGUAGAAUCAUUUUUUGACUGAACUGUUUGUUUCCCGAAAUAAAAGUUCAAUGUUUGUCAGUAGCAGUGAACUUUAAAAAGCCAAAAGGAUCUAUAUUUGGUGGCCAUAUUAUUUUUCUACUUUCCGGGGAGUGAGCUCAUGCGGCAGCAAUUCUAACCCUAAAAGCCGAUUAGUUUUCUACCCUAACAGUAAAACAAUGGAAAUAAUUACAAGCAAUAAUGUGCUAAUGCUUUCUCCGACCAAUGAAAAGACGCCUUACGAGCAGCUGCUGCGGUCGGGAGGAGGGAGAGAAUCGUAGCAUAUGGAUACGCUAGUACUACUGAGUACUAAGUAAGUAGUAAGUACUACUUAUCCAAGAUUAUUACACUGUACUUACCAUGAGUGUGAAUAAAACAAAAGCAAAUGGAAUCACUCUUCACUAUAGCGAACAACCUCAAACUGUGAUUUUCUUAAAAGUAUGCAAGUACGAAAUAUCGCGAAGCUCGCGCGGCAGAGCAUUCCAUAACCUGGGCGGAGCCACCUGGAAGGACCUAUCGUCUAGUGUAACCUUAGUUCUAAAUGUUGACGAUGCUAAAAAAUCCCACCUGAUCUGAAGUUAUAUGCGCCUUGCGAUUUCAAAGAAACUAAGUUCUGAAUGUCUGUAGGGGCUAUGCCAUAGAUAGCCUUGAAUGCAAAUAACAAAAUCUUACAAUGAAUGCGCUGCUUUAAGAGAAGCCAAUCAGCGUAGCUCAUACAGUACAACAAUGGUGUAAUAUGAGGCAUGAGUUAGACCAUACAAAAGGCUAUUGCAGUGGUCAACGCGAGAAGUGACCAAUGAAUGCACUAAGGUAUUAGCUUCUUCGAGGCUUAGAAGCUUGCGAAUACGAAUGAUGUUAAGUAGAUGAAAGAAAGUUAAGCUACAGAGCAUGCUACUAUGAGUAGAAAUACUAAGUUGAGAAUCAAACCAGGGACCCAGAUUCCUGACAAUUGGCUUUGUGUUCACAACAGACUCACCAACAGUAAUACUACUAAUGUCAACCUUAGUUGGCUGUUGCUUGGUACCAAAACAACUCAACCUCGUUCGCAGGUCUUUUUUUUGGUUAACAGUUCAAUAAUCUGCAACUUUGCUACACGUUUGACGUCAUCGGUUUAAUAUGGCAAAAUUUUUCCAAAUUUGGUCGACAAUAGCUUAUUAUUAUGAAUUGUACGUGGGAUUUAAGCCAAUCAGAAACGGAGAAAUAUUUAAAAUGAAUAAUAAUCGUUUUUAGAUUGCCUAAACUACUCUAAUAGAAACAGAUAUUUCGCGUAGGGCCCUCUUUUUCAAUUGUCCUUUUUUUUUUACCAGGUAUAUUGGUCCGGUUCACUAUAUUGACGGCUGGUGUCCUGGCAGCAAGGCCGCAUAUUUCAGUAAAAACGGCUCCUACGUCACUUUGCCAAUAAUAAACAUAACGAACUGCGACUUCACGAUUGCUUUUUGGAUAAAAUCCUUUGGUUUAAAUGGGCCUUUAAUGGCACUUUGGUCUAUGAGUGGGAGACUAUUCUACGCAACAAUCAAGAAUUCCAGGGUUAUCUUAUCGAUAUAUAACAGUCUUGAAAAGACAAGCUUCGCAAUCAAUUUUUGGAAUCAUAUAGCUGUAACUUGUACACAGUCUCAGAUCAAGGUCUUUGUUAAUGGUACAGAGAUACCACCAGUAAAAGAACAGUGGAACGAGUACUUAUUCUUAUUAGCAACCGCGCGCGAUCGCAAUCUCUCUUCGGAAAAUGUAAUAGGGAAUGAUCCAGACUUACUCAAGUUGCCAUUGGUAAAUGGGACUUUUGAUGGAGCGGUAAUGGACCUUCAUGUAAUUGGAAUUGCCCUGUCAGCGAAUAAGAUUUCAGACCUGAGUAAAAGUGAGAGUCAGCAUAAAUUUGAACAAUUUAAAAUUUAGGUCAACUACUCGACGACAAAGAACUUUUAAAGACCUUCGGUAGAAAGAAAAGCAGUCCAUUUUUAAAACGAUAUAUAAAUUUUGCACGGCCUAAAAUAAUGUUUACGUGAAACAAUUAAUAUUCAACCUGUAAGGUGUAAAAGAUAAUCUACGAGGCGACCCUGUACCAUAAGCCUGGUUAAACCAGUGUUAACUAAGGUGUAAGCAUGGUUCGUCCGCCAAAUACAUCAUUCUAAAAAAUGAAACAGUGACAGUAGACAACUCUAAAAAUCCACUGACUUUGAUGGAUCCAACGCUAAAGGUUGUCAUUUCAAAUUUGUCCCCUUUUUGGGUGAGUGUGUUAUUGGCUUGACGUACGUUUACAUGACAUCUAAUAUUUUUAAGAUGGAGAGAUAACAGAUUUUCUUAUUAAGUGCGCGCUCCGCGCGUGAAUCUUGGCUUGUAAAUCAAAACGUUUGCGCAGGAGGGUGUUAAGUUACGAGAGGUCUUUAAAGGUUAAGGCAAGUUUUAGUGACCUGCAAAAAAAAUUAAUAACUAAUGAUGACUCUUUUCGAUAAUUAAAGGCAAGCCCAAAGCUCCUGUUAUUUACAACAAAGAAAAUGAAAUAAAUGGUUGCACGGUGAACUUGUCAUGGAGUCGUGGUGUGUGUGCGACAACAAAGAACACCAUACGCUACAGAGAGAUAAAUCCUCAGGGCAACGCAGCCGAAUUAUUAGAUCUCACUGUUGACGAACCAGCAAUAACCUUUCAUAUCAUGACGCUUGACUGUGACAAGAUCUAUGAGAUAGCAGUCUCAUCGUGGUUUGGAGAACUUCAGAGCGACUGGUCAAUUUCUUGGCGGGUUAAAACAAACUCAGGUGUGGUAUAAAUAAAAGAAAAGUUCGUUGGUUACCCCGUGCAAAUAGUGUUAGUUUCCCCUCGACAUUUAGAGGGCCUGGUUUUCCCAAAAGCAUAUUACGAUAAUGCACCUCUAAUCUCAUUGGAACUUUGAUGACACGCAGCUCUAGUCUUUUAGUGCUAGGGUCCAUUUUUUACAGUGCUGUUGUUUGUUUUUUGUUUACUCAGCUAAUCCAGUGAGGCCUUGAAAGAGCCUCUUACCGCCCCAAAAGUCAAUUCACAAGUAUUCUUCCACGCUUUAAUUUGUUCUUGUCAACCGACAAGGCCACCAUGACGUCACCAAACCAGCUAUACCGCAGUAAUAGGCCCAAUGCAAAAAUGGCCGCUGGAUUAAUAUUCUUUUGUUUAAAUUAAAAUUAGCCCCGUUCGACAGUACAAAAUUCAGCUAGUCAGGCUAAUUUUAAUUUAAAUAUUUACAUUUACAUUUAUCAUCUUGCAACAUCUAUAACAGACAUAUUCGCAAGCAAGAAAAGAAUAUUAACCCAGAAGCCAUUUUUGCAUUGGGUCCAUGCCUCUUCAUAGGGAGCUUCAUGUUCCCUUUUUCGGUAUAAUUAUGAGAAUUGGUAGUUUCUCCCUUAUCCCACAAGUUCAAUGUUUCCCUAUACCUAGAAAGUAGAUGUCAAGAUAUCCUUCGUUUCGUAGAAUUAAAAGAUCAUGUUCUCUUAUUCCAGUUGUUUCCGCAGAUACCUGGAAAGACACUUUAAACUUAUAACUUAAACGUUUAAAAACCCAAAAUUGUCAUUCUCCUAAUGUGUGCUCUAAGAAUAAGUUCUAAAUCAAGAUCAAAGCGACAACCAGUGUUUCCUACAAAAUUAUCAUUAUUGUUUCUGACCUUACAGUUAACAAUGGCACGUCAAAAAGUUUGGAAAUAGCUGUUGGGAUUACCGCAGCUCUGGUGGCAGCAAUUAUCGUGGGGAUAAUUUUCUACCGAAAGAAACAAAAAGAAGAAGAACGGUAUGCAUGUUUUUAAUAUUAAAUUCGAAUUUCGGUUAGAUUGAAAAAGGGUUACGUCAUCUUUACCUUGGUCCAGUAAAAUUUACUGCGGUAUCUCUUUCUUCCCAAGGUCUCCGGGAAAAUAAAAUACUUUUGGUCGGCCUGGAAAACCGUUGUGUGUGUGUUUUUUUAACUCCUUGGAGCAUUUUCGGAUCAAAUACAUGUGUGUCAAGUAGUUCAAAUGCUGAGAAUACAUGUUUUUGUCUUUGACAACAAACUUAAAAGUUUGGUCCACAAAAGAUUGCUGUAUGGCAAAAAGAAAAUCAUUUCGAAGUCCUCACCCGCUCAGGUAACCAAUCAGGACUCAGAAUUCGCUUGACCUUCUCCUUUCGCGGAGCCACUCCUAGAGUACUAACCAGCCAGGCCGGAAAGAGACAAAGAGAGAGAGAGAAAAAAAGGAAAACAAACUGUCACGCUUAUUUCUUCUUUUCUAGUCCAUACAGUCUCAUUCCGAUUAAAGUGCAAUUUUUCCACAGAAGCCCUGCUUCAGAGCAAUAUUUGUUAUUGAUAUUUGACAUCUCUUAUUUAGAUCCAAGAAAGAAAUUAUUCAUUUUCUGUCACUGGAAGUCUCACCCGAGCGGGUAACCAUUAUGGAGGAGCUUGGUCGAGGGGCUUUUGGCAGGGUUCAUAAGGGUGUGGUGAAGGAAAUACUAAAACCAAAUGUAGAUUACAAGAACAGCCAACGAACAUUGGACAAAAACGGAGGACGAGUUAUCGCUGUUAAAGUUCUUCUUGGUAAGUUACUUAUAAUUAGAAUAAUAAUAAUAAUAAUAAUAAUAAUAAUAAAAUAAAAGACCUAUUGCAGUGGCGGAUCCAGGGAGGGACCCGAGGGCCGGCCCCCCUUAUUUUAAGACCAAACCUCUUAUCUCAGGGUCUGGAUGACCGACCCACCCUCCUCCCCACUUCCUGAAGGUUUGGAUCCGCCAACGCAAAAAACAUCUUGUACACGUACCUUGAUACGUAAAUGUUGAAACUGUAUUAUAUUUAGCAGUACGAUAUGAAGAAUUAAGCAGAUCGAGGAGGCCCACCGAGGCCGAAGGCCGAGGUAGAUAACACCCUCCGAGUGCUUACUUGCAUCAUAACACCCUCUAUGCUUACUUGCAUCGAUGUUAAGUUCAUCUUCGACAGUGUACUUUAGUAUAGUAUUGUAGUUAACGGUUUAUGAUUAGCAGGAGUAAUUUCCGUUGGCUAUCCAGAGAAGCCUGAUGUCAAAGUUUGUCAGAGGCCUUUUUAAAGACUUUUUCUCAGGCAAAAAAUGAACGGCACCAAGGGAGCUCUGCCUGUUCCUCUGAAAUGGGUGAUCUUUCCUACCCGAGUAUUCUUGUUUUUUUGUUGUUGUUGUUGUUGUUUUUUUUAGAAAAUGCUGGAGAGGAGGAAAAACGACAGUUUCUUCAGGAAAUUGACCUUAUGAAGGACGUUGGCUCGCAUCCAAACAUUCUAAGCAUAUUCGGCUUUUGGGUUCGGUCAGAGCCCAUCAUGUUGAUCAUGGAGUAUGUUCCUGACGGAGAUCUUCUGCAAUGGCUUAGAAACAAACGACAGCAGGUAAAGCUGGUUCAUAUUCAUCGAUUUUAGCCAUUUUCACUUUUUCGAAUAUCAACUUUUGGAAUCCAUUUUGCCGCCAUGUGCAGUUUCGGUUUCAUUCUUCGCGGAAUACGGGUCAGCUUAUUUGCAUAACUUUGCACGCCGAGAUAUAUAUCGAAACUGCAUUCGCACGAGAUCCCCACACAUCGAUUUUGAUUGUAAACUGCGGAAACAUACCUUGCAUUAGCACAUAUAUAUUGUAGUAUAGUGUAGUUAACCGUGUGGGAAAAUAACCCUUCAAGUCUUGUAAAUUGCUUUACUAAUUCCCACUAGGAUAUUUGUAAGGCUAAUUCCGUCUUAACUAUACUCGCAGUUUACAAAGAAGAAAUAUGCUCAUACUGAUGUCCUUGAAAUACUUGAGCCGCCUGCUCCUGUGAGACGAAGAUUGAACCCUGCAAAGGAAGAAGGGCCGGAGGAAGACACGGAUGGGUGGGAAAUAAAAGAAGGAAAGGACGAAAAUGAAAAACCAGUGGCAAAUGACUCUAAGCAAAUGCUAGAACGACCAAACCCUCAGAAAUCAAGGAAAACAACAUUUGAUGACAAUGUUGAAAGCCAACUUGAAAUACCACCCCAGUUUUCGAUAUUGGAAGAAGACUCAACAUCACUGGGUCAGAGCUUGAAAAAUCAACUAGAAGUUGCUACGAACAUUGCUAUGGCAGGGGGCGAAAGACCCACUUAUCAGCUCACAACCUUUGAGGAACCGAAGAAAAGCGAUGAAAUUAGCUUUAUCAUAGAGAAAGAGGAUAGAAACAAAGCUGCUAAUGGAAAGCAUGAAGAAAUAGAAAGUUUGGAAAAUGCCAAAAACGAGUCACAAGGGGAUCCCGUGAACGUAUUAUCUUCAGAAACCAAACCUGGUAAAAGAGAACAUGAAAAGAGGAUACAGUCAGUACCACAGACCUUUGAAGACGACCAGCUUCCUGAAUCCUUUAAGAGCACAGAAGUGAGGAUCUGUGUAGAGCAGGACGAAGACACUUGUGACAACGACCAUAAAGAUUAUUUUAUUUCUGCAGAUGAUAUUAUGUGUUUUGCGUGGCAGAUUGCUAAGGGAAUGGUGAGUUAAAUAUUUUUUAUAACAAAAUAUCAUUCAAGCAAACCCAAAUAACGAGGUCUAAAAUAAUUCGUUGCCAAAAGAUGGGGUAAUAACUGCUCAUGCAAAAAUGGCUGAGCCUCGUUUCUUUUUGUCAUAUUUAGUAACCAUGAUUACUUCCUAGCCAAAAUCUGUCUAAGAAGUCAAUGACCAGCUUCAGUAGAAAAAAAGGUUCACGGAAGGGGCUACCAAGUAGAUAGAGAAGAGUAAAUUUUAUCGUAAUUCUGUUAGGAAUACUUGGCCAGUAAAGGAUUUGUUCAUCGCGAUCUGGCAGCCCGUAACAUCCUUCUUGGUGAAAACAGAGCGGUGAAGAUUUCUGAUUUUGGAUUGCUACGCCGCACGGGUGAAAGUGAGAUAUAUGAGGUGGCAACCGUUAAGAAACUGCCCAUAAAAUGGACGGCACCUGAAGCAUUGCAAACUGGAACUUUUACUUCCAAGAGCGACGUGUAAGUUUCAUGAUAACUGUGCGAUAUUUCUUAGGCCUAGAUUUACCUCCUACGCAAGCCGGCGUUAAGCACAAGCACCAUAAACGUUUAAGCGUCAUCGCAGAAACCUACUAUACUGAGUCAACUUCCUUAAAUUCCUCUAAGUCCUUAAAGGGGCUCUGUAACACAAGUUGCUAGCCUCUUCAGCUAAAACCUGUCUUCGCAUCGAUUGAAUUCAGUUUUGUCAUUUGACUAUAUUUAGGGACUGAAACUGUUUCCUGUCGUCUGUUGCUAAGGAUAGUAAGGAUGGACACGGAUAUUGCCCAACUUUUUCAAUUUCUAAUGCUAUGCAUACAAUAAUCACCAAAACAUUAUUAUGAUUAUUGUUCCGUGAUAAAAUUUAUUUAAUAUCUUCUUCAUAACUCUACAGGAGCAUUUUGUGUAUGAUUGGGCAAAGGCAGUAACUAAAGACUUCAGCACAGAAUUGACGUAAAACGGUAAUACCCUCGUGACAAAGCCCCUUUAACCAAAGACACUUUUCAGCAAGACCAGGUCACUCUUAGGAAAUUUUUGUUACGCAUUCCAGGAGCUUUUUGAAAGACUCCGAGUCACUGUCUCGCAAAACAACUGGUGAUUAAUAAAAUCACACCCAGUGGUCAGCAUGUUACUUUGUCGAGAACCGUCAUUUUUGUUGCUGCAGAUACCCUUCUGAAAUCUUAGCAUGGGCGAAAACUAUUGACUUUUCUACAAACAGAAAAAAUUCUAAAAUUAUUGAUGUUAGGAUUCGAAACAAUAGAGAGGAAUAAAAUGAAUCUGAAAUUAAAUGAGUUUCUCUCUUCCUCCUAUCCGAACAUUUUGGAUUAUAAGCUCAGUGUUUUACCAUUUCAACGAUUAUUUGUUUCGAUCAUGCCUUGUUCCUUAGAUGGUCCUUCGGAGUUCUUUUGUGGGAAAUGGCUACCAUGGGUAAGAUAUAUUAAAUGGUUUUACUGAUAUUGGAAUCAGAAUGAUUUCUCAUUUUAAUUGUUUUAUUUCUAUUAUUAUUAUUAUUAUUAUUAUUAUUAUUACUAUUAUUAUUACUAUUAUUAUUGUUAUAACUAACCGUUCUUGAUGCAUUUCAAGUUGGCUUAAAAUUUCUUUGACCCUUCCUCUUUGAUCAGUAAAUUUGACAUUUUAGGGGGAACUCCUUAUCCCGGAAUUAGCCAUGCCCAGUUGCACAAUGCCCUUAAGACGGGGUAUCGCAUGGAACAACCAAACACUUGCAGUGAUGAAAUGUAAGUAAGCUUAUUGCAGUUAAUAUUUGUACCAAACAAGGAACACAACAUGACGAUAUAUACAUAAUAAACCUCCAAACGUUCAUAAAGCCACUUUCUCGACCACUUUUUUUUAGUUCAUCUGGGAAAAGUCAGAUGUAAUAUCUAAUACUAUUCGACUACCUUAAUCUUCAUGGGUAGCCUGUGAAAUAAAAAAAAUAUACUGAUGGCGCUCUAGAGCUGGCAAGUAAACCUGAGACUUUGCGACUCGGCUGCGAUUAGCUGUCGGUCAGACGAGGUAAAAUCAUCCUGCAAUUCUAUUAAUGUUCCUAUGGCGUCAUGAACGUCAAUAGUUACCCACAAAUGCUCCUCUUUAAAAAGGAUAAUUUCAUCCCUCCUUACUACUCUGGCUUUGCUCAAGUAAAAACCAAAUCUUAAGUAACCCUAUCGCCAAAACAUGGCAUGAUAAAUAGCUAAGAAGGUGAUAUACGAUCGUUCGUGUGAGUAAACUCCAGACUAAGAUUGUUGUUGACAGUGACUGACGUGCGGAAGUCGUCAUUAAAGUCAAAGUCAGUGGUGCAUCGCCAGUUCAUGGUAUUUGAAUUUCGUUAACGUCACGAUUGAUUAACUCAGACAUGGCAUAAAACAGAGUACUUGAUCUCAACAGAUACAAAUUAAUGCUGGACUGCUGGAAUGAUGACCCGAAUGAACGACCCUCAUUCUCCGAAAUGAUACCAACCCUGGAACAGAUGAUGACAGCUGAUACUCCUUACUAUGACUUUACACUGUUAGAUGAAAGUCAGGAAUGUUACAAUGAUCAAUGCCCCAGCACCAGCAAAACUGAUGGAUACGACACUCGAUUGUGA